CCCAAGCGACGGAAAGCGCGUUCGCGGCAGCCGAGGCAAAGGUCGGAGGGGCGUUUCGAGAGGCGGCCCAGCUUCGUUCCGUCCUUCUCCGCCGCAGGGCCCGCGCAGGCUCUUUAGCUGCCCUGCCGAACAUGGCUUUGCGCUGGGCUUUUGCACUAAGGCGCAAAGAGGCAGCCACGUCGCUGCUCCUUUGGCGCGGGGCGCAAGGAAGCUCUCCUCGCAGCCGGAGCAGCAGCGCUGCCGCCGUGGCCGGGUCCCCCUCCGGAGACCACCUAAUAUACACGCAGGAGCAUUUCGCCUUGAGGGAGUCUCUGAGAAAGGUAUUGCGGGCCGGGGCGCCUCGGCCUCACCGCCCGCCUCGCCUCUUCGUGUAGUUUUUUGUGUGCAGUGAAUUGGGCGCUGGAAUCCGCAGCCGCGGUGCCUUUUGAGUUCAAGGCGGCAUCCAGACCACGCAUUGAAAACAACACGGUACCGCUUUAAACCAGUCACGGCUUCCCCAACCCGCCCAAAGAAUUCUGGGAGAUGUAGUUUGUGAAGGGUCCCGAGAGUUCUUAGGCGACCCCCUGUUCUCAGAGAGCUACAAUUUUCAGAGUGGUUUAACAGUCAUUCUCUCUUCCUUGGGAACCCUGGGUGUUGUAGUUCUGGGAUCGGAUCAGGGGACUCCUAUAAUGCUCCAUUAACAGACUACAUUUUCCAGGAUUCCUUGGGGGGGCUACAUGACUGAUCAUGGUGCUUUCUAUGGUGCAGAUGUGGUUUUACUGUCACCGGCUGCAGACUCCCAUUUGGUGCUGUGAAAGCAGUGGGGCUUUUCCCCUGUCCUGGCAGCCUCUGCUCUUAGCUUCCAUCAGGCCCAGCCAACAUGGUCAAGAUCCAGGGAUGAUGGGAAUUGUAGUCCAGCAACUUCUGGAGGUCCCCACAUUGGCUAGAACAAUCUCCAUAGUGCAGGAUAGUAGCAUAACAGGCUAUCUACGCCUAGGGAAAUUGCACGGGUGUUUUAUUGAGUUUUUAAGUUGGGCUUUGUUCUGAAAAAGAAAAAGAAAGUACUGAAGCUGAACAGGGAUAACAUGAGGUAGCGAUGCUUUGUUCACAGUGCCACGCAGAUACCCUUUAAAAACCAAGCAAACUGUGGACCUAGGCGUGAAAGCAGCCAGGCUCUGGUGCAGGGUCCAGAACUAUAAGACAAAGGGUCAGUAGCUGGGGUAACUGAAAAUGCAAUGUGAAAUAUGUUCCUACUGCCAGCAUUCUGAGUAGCUGCUCUAGUACUGGCAUAAUUUGUAGAUGGGAUUAGAAACAAUUGGGAUAAUAGUUAUGGCUCAAAGGAGAAACUGAUUACUGAGCCCAGGGCGUGCUUUGGGAGUUGGUUUCAUUAAAAUCUACAAGAACUUUACAUUAUUUCAUUAAAUAGUAUUAACUAAUAUGUCAAGCAUUUGCAGUUACUAAUUUUUUUGUUUCCUAAUACUUCCAAAAGGUUGGGGAAUAGUAUUUAAUAGUAUUUUAACUCAGUAAUGACAGACCAGAAUGGCAAGGUUGUCAGACACAAAGCCAGAUUGGUUGCCAGAGGUUUUUCACAGGUACCAGGACAGGAUUACCACGAGACCUACUCACCCACCGUCAAGUAUGAGAGCAUUCGGCUGAUGCUCAAGAUAGCUGCAGAGGAGAAACUGCAUGUUUCCCAUCAUGACAUUAAUACAGCUUUUUUGUACAGGGUUUUGGGGGAGGAGCUGUUUAUGCUUCCACCUGAUGGAAUGCAGAUACAGAAGGGAAUGGUCUGUAAACUUCGGAAAUCCUUAUAUGGUCUCAAGCAGAGUGCCAGGUAUUGGAACACGAAACUCACUGAGACAUUGCUUUCUCUAGGUUUUCACCAGGGCAAAGCUGAUCCUUGUGUGUUUGUCAAGGAGGAGGGGCAAAACAAACUGUAUUGUUUAUGUUUUGUUGAUGAUCUUCUGAUGUUUUGGAAGAAUCAGGCUUUGUACCAAAGCACCCUAGCUCAGCUGAAGGAGCACUUUGACAUGCAGGAUCUUGGUGAGGUAUCCAACUAUCUUUCUCUGCAGGUGGAGAGGGACCAAGCAGGUAAUUUUCUGGUACACCAAACACAGAAAAUUGCUGAUGUAUUAACCAGGUUGAAUUUGGUUGAUGCAAACCCAGCAGACAGACCGAUGGUGACAGGUUACCAGGUAGAUAGUACUGCUGAAGCGUUUUCUGACACUACCCUAUACAGAUGCAUUCUAGGCAAGCUGAAUUUCAUUGCUAGAUGCUCAAGACCUGACAUAGCUGUAAGCACUAACCUGCUUAGCAGACAUGCUAAUAAUCCUACUGUUCAGGAUUGGAAAGCUCUGAAGCGCAUAGCCCUCUAUUUGAAAGGGACUUUGCACUACAGGCUGAGGUUCACCAGUCAGAAGACUGGAGGUCUUGAAAUCUUUGCAGAUGCAAGUUUUGGAAGUGACACCACGGAUGGUACAAGCACUUCUGGAGUAUGCUACAUGUACAACCACUGUCUGUUUGACUGGCUGUGCAAGAAGCAGACGACAGUGAGCCUAAGUUCCUGUGAAGCAGAACUCAAUGCUGUCAUUUUCACUCAUGGAUUGUGAAUGGUUGAUGCAACUGUUUAAGGACAUCAGAGUUUCUGUGAAAUGUCCUAUGCAAGUGUAUCAAGACAAUAGAUCCUGUUUGGCUUUGCUGAACUCUGAGAGUUGCAAGCAAAGAACCAAGUACUUGCAGAUUAAGCUGCAUCGUGCAAGAGAGUGUAUUCAGAAAGGACUCAUUCAGGUGUCCUACAUGCCAGGAAAUGAAAUUCCUGCUGAUCUGUUGUCUAAGGUUGUUAGCAGAGAACAACUUAAGGUUUAUGUACAAAGGUUGCAAUUGGGUUGAACCACAGGUACUACAGGUUACACAGAAAGGGGGAAGAUGUUAGGAUAUUUCCGUUCCACCUUAAAAGGGAGCAGGCUUUGUGAGUCAUAGAGUCUGCGUAUUUCCUGUUCACAGGAAGUUUAUGUUUUCUAUUGCUUUCGUUUCUCUCUCUGUAUCAGAGACACUGAAGCAGGCAGUCAUGUUUUUCUUUGUUCUGAUCAACGCGGAAUAAACUUGUAAAUAAUGCUCUCCUGCGUGCAUCUUUCGCUGUGCAUUAUCUGCUGAUAGAGCGUGCACCAGUUCUGGAAUGUGGCAGGCUAUUUCUGGAGCUCGUGUCACUAAUUGCAGAUACUGCGUGACUACGGGAGAUCAAUGGAUGUCCGGAGGCGGCUUGGGGGCCAUGAUGGACUUUGUCUCCCUGGCAGUAUCCCAACAAUAUGAUGGAAUCUUGGUCUCUUUCACCGAGUGGAAAAACUAGGUUUACAGGAAUAGUUCAUGUUUCAUGUUGUCUUUCCUCAGGUAUACUGUACUUUUGACCAGUGCACGAGCCAGGGUAAUCAUUUAGCUUCCUUCACUUCUUGCAAGCCUUUCAGCAAGCAUGCAAGAUUAGAGAUUUCUCAGGCUAUCUAGGGCAGCAGAUCUCAGACUCUGCAGCUAUUGAGGUGCAAGAGGGAGGUGUUGGCAUGCUCCAGAAACCUUGGCUAUGGCUUGUGGUUAGGGAGCUUACUGAGCCAAACCUUGGCUUAGCUCAGUGCAAUGCAGAAGUUAAAAAAAAGAAGAAAACAGACCAGGUAGGAGCAGAGCAGCUUUGAACUUCUAUCUGGGAACCUGCGUAGUCCCAGUGAGCCAUGGUUUGGCUUACUAUGAUAUGUGAAACAGGCCACUGUACCCUUUUCUGACUAAACUACAAUACUUCAGCCUCUCUGUGGAGGGAAAGAAACUCUUAAUUGUGCCAGAGGCAGGUCACAGAACACAUGUUUGAACUCUGAAUAAGCCUUUCUGCUUCAAUAAUACUUCAACCACAAUAAAUACUUUUUUUGGCUUGCCUCUUAGAACCUUCCUGUGGACAUUAGUGAAACACAAGGGAUGUUUAUUACUACUAUUGGCUGAAAUCAUUGUCCUCUUGUCUUAUCUUCCCUGCCCUUGCAAACUCAGAGAGGUGCUCUGCAAUCUUGUUUUGAUUGUGCUUCUCUGCUAAAUGAAAGAAUCAAAAAGUAUUUUAGAUUCCAAAAGAAGAAGAAGAAGAAGAAGAAGAAGAAGAAGAAGAAGAAGAAGAAAGGGGAGAUGAUAUGCUAGCAUUGUUAUUUUUGAAAAGCCACAGUCAACAAUAUUAAUCUUUGAGAAGGUCAGUGACGUUUAAAACACUGGUGUGUCCAAUUAGAGCAUGUAUUCUGGUUAAGCAAAGGAAUCCAGUAUUUGAGCUUCCCCUAGAAGGAGAUAAAGCAAGACUGGACAUGGUAGGAGUUGCUUUAGUUCACUUUGUUUCUGGUGAUUCCAUAAAUGUGUGACAUGAUUCACAUAGAUGGGACUGAGCUAAAAAUGGCUGGGGAAGGAAUGAUGUCGCCGCGUUUCCCCCCUUCCCGUCACCUCAAUCUGUCAGCACAACAAAGGCACAAAACAUGCAAGUACAUUUUACAUCCUUCUUAGACCCAAUCACAUUGUGGUAUUUGUGAUAUUUGAAGGAAUUGCUGUGACAUGUUUGAUGAUAGCAGGCUCACAAGCCUGUGAACAAUUGACUGUGGCAUGAGAAAGGGCCUUUUUGAUGGGUGGUGGAUGUGGGACAGAGGGGAUGGAACCCUCUGGCCUGGGAGGCUUAAAAAGACACCACAUUUAUACCCUGCCUUUCCUUGUAAGAGCUCAAAGUGGCAUACAAACUUCUCCCUCUCUUCACUUUAUCCUUGCAACAACCCUUUGAGGUAGGUUUGGCAAAGAGACAGUGAUUUGGCCCAAGGUCACCUAGUGGGCUUCAUGGCUGAGUGGGGAUUUGAACCCUGUUCUCCCAGGUGCUAGUCCAGCACUCUAACCACUACUCCACACUGGCUUUUCUUACGUGCCCACAUUAUAGAUGUACUGUCUUGCAAUCAAGACUGUACUAUCUUCUAUUCCUGGCUUGCUGUAGUACUUCAACAGAUUAUUCAGCUGCAUCAUGAUGAUUAUCUGAUUGUGUUUCAUUAUAUAUUGUUUUUACAUUUUGCUAGCUCUUUCGAAGGAUCAUACAAAUGGAAAGCAGCAUAUAACUUUUAAUAUAAAUAAAUAGUUUUAUGGGGAAAAGCCCAAGGAACCUGUCCUGAAGAGUAAAAGUUAUGAGAGAAAACCUAAGACCUCAGAGCAAUUCCCAAAAAGUGGAGAGGUUUUAUGGCAGGGGAAAUCUGCAGACAUUUGUGGCUAUCCAAGGCACUCUCUGGGUCAGAUUUACAACAGAGUACUCAUUCUCUAUAUAGUAUGGAAAUGCUGUGUUUUUGAAGGGACUAAACACAAUGGCUCAACAGCCCUGUUGCUUUUUCCAUUUAAUAAAUUAGGAUUAGGACUGCAGUUGCAGGUGAUUCCCUCUAAUUUAUGUGUAUGAUGGGCAACAGUGAGGUAUUUUUGUUUGUUUAGUCGUUUAGUCAUUUCCGACUCUUCGUGACCCCAUGGACCAGAGCACGCCAGGCACUCCUGUCUUCCACUGCCUCCCGCAGUUUGGUCAGACUCAUGUUUGUAGCUUCGAGAACACUGUCCAACCAUCUCGUCCUCUGUCAUCCCCUUCUCCUUGUUCCCUCCAUCUUUCCCAACAUCAGGGUCUUUUCCAGGGAGUCUUCUCUUCUCAUGAGGUGGCCAAAGUAUUGGAGCCUCAGCUUCAGGAUCUAAUAUGCAGCACCUGCAUAUUUAGGUGGAAAUCCUAUGCCCACUUAACCUGGAAGUAAGCCCUGUUGAAGUUAAUGGGACUUACUUCCAUGUAAAUAUAUGUAGGAUUAUACUGUUGGUUGGCAAGGGAAGCUUAAGGGGUUUGGUUUCCAUUGUUCUGAACGUGAAUAGGGAUGGUACUGUAAGCAGUUUUUAGUGUCUUCUAUUAGAAUUAUUCCCAGAUUUUAUAAUAAAUGAAAACAUGCUGUAUUGUGAAGUCAGUUCAAGAAAUUACUUUUAAAAGAUCCUUUUAAAGUGAUUAUCGUCUUGAUUAUUGGUAUAAGUAGCAAAAAUAGCCAUCGUCUCGCAGUCUUAAUAUUAGCUUUUAAAAUUGCCCUGUUAUCAUUAAAGAACUAUGUCUGGCUCUUUGCUCAUUCUUUGCUCCUACUAUCUUUCUCCUCAUUAAUUAAAGAGCAGUCUUCAUGAAUUAUUUUGUCAUGAGGCUAUGAGGAAGUCUUUCCCUUACUGUCUCCCGCUGGCAUUAUAGGCACUGUUAAUAUAAUAACUCAAAUGUGCUCUAUUUAUUAGGUCCCAAAAUGUAAUUAAGCACCAUACUGGUCGUAUUAAUAUAUACAGGAGCUAAAGUGGAUAUCACAGUUAUGGAUAAUACUUAAGGGAUUAAUUAAUUAGGCUACAUCUGCAUCUUAGAGCUAAAGCACUCUUAUUCUACUUUAACAGUCACAGUUUCCCUCGAAGAAUUCUGGGAAAUGUGGCUUUUUAAGGGUGCUGAGAGUUGUUGAGCGAUUUCUGUUCCUCUCACAGACAUACAAUUCCUAGAGAUUUAUGGGAAAGAGGAUUGAUUGUUAAACCACUCUUGAAAAUAAAUUCUGUCUACAGUUAGUAGUACCUAAUUUUGGACAAGAGACUUGUAAAAAAAGUUGUUGCUUUUAAUUUCCAUUGCAACCUAAAAACUGACCUUUAAUCAAUUACUAAGGUCACCAGACUCUGUAUUUUAAAAUCUUUCUCAGAUGAUUUUAAAGUCUUGCACAGAUGACCCCAUGCUUGGCUUAUGAUCAAGGGAAGAUUUCAUUAAGGCCCACUAAGUAACUCCUGCCAACCUAGCAGUUCGAAAGCACGUCAAAGUGCAAGUAAAUAAAUACGUAUUGCUCUGGCAGGAAGGUAAAUGGUGUUUCCGUGUGCUGCUCUGGUUUGCCAGAAGCGGCUUAGUCAUGCUGGCCACAUGACCCGGAAAAACUGUCUGCAGACAAACGCCAGCUCCCUCGGCCAGUAAAGCGAGAUGAGCGCCGCAACCCCAGAGUCGUCCGCGACUAGACUUAACUGUCAGGGGUCCUUUACCUUAACCUUUUAAGUAACUUGUAAUAGAGAUGUAGGGCAAUUGGUAUUCAGCUGUCUUUACUAUUUUAUCUUAAUUGUUAUUUGAAACGUUGGACAGAAAUGAAAUAUAAAAACCAUGCAUAUCCAUGUCUUGUUCCUUCUACAACUAAAGGAAGCCGAUCUAGUAGGCAUGGUUUUCCCCCACAGAUUGAGAGCACCAGCUUUGCAAUAGGAAUUGUGUAUAAUUCUGUAUUGUGGCAAAUAACUAAUCAUGAACAACCACACUUUCUUGUGCACGCAUGUGAAUGAGCACAGAAUUUUAUUAAGGUGGGUUUGUUACUUUCUCUUCAGUAUUGGUUAAUGCUCCAGGUUUGUAGAGUAUAUCUUGAGAUGAAAGAGGGUGGAGCAUCUUUUGCCUUCAUGGAGCAUAAGCCAAAGUUUGUGAUCCAGCUAUCCUAGUACAGUUGUACCUUGGAAGUUGAAUGGAAUCCGAACAUUUCCAAAAUGUUCAAAAACCAAAUCACAGCUUCUGAUUGGCUGCAGGAAGCUCCUGUAGCCAAUCAGAAGCCAUGGAAGCCCCGCCAGAUGUUCAGCUUCCAAAAGAACAGUCACUUCUGGGUUUUGAUCGGGAGCCAAAAUGUUUGAGAACUAGGCUGUUCAACUUCCAAGGUAUGGCCGUAUUAGAAUCUACAGUGCUUUAUGGCAAGAUGAUGUUAUCAAGUUGCAGUAGUUUGUAUUUCAUCCCAGAUUUAGAACUUCUACUCUGUAUUUGUUUGCUCUUGGGGACCAUUUAGAGGCCAUGACUGUUGCAGAAUGCUGUGGGACAGCUGCUGAUGGGGUCUAUGUUUUCAUAUAAUAUGGAGAUUCAAGAUACUCAUCCAUGGUGUAGUCACCAGUCUCCAAUUCUGUGGUUCUUGUUUUUGUUUUUCUCUUAGUUUUCCAGUAUGGAAUCUUCCACUUUUGCCCCAGAAGGAACUUUUCACAGACCUAUUUUUCCCAACAUGAAAAAUGAGGUGCCAAAGGUGAUCUAAUGGUAAUUUUUACCAUAUUAAAAAAUGGUUUUGUACCAUGACUCAUUCUAGGCGGAACUAGAUGGGACAGUAGUAAACAUGGAGUUGGCCUAAGCGACAACCAGUUGACACCUUACAGCUGAGGUUAGUAAUACCCAGCCAGAGGCUAGCUCAUAAACCAAAAAGACCCCACUGAUUUUGGCAAUGGUGGCAGCAAAAUAAAAAUAAAAAUAAAAAAUAGCCACAGCACUCUGACGGGAAUGUGAGUUGCUUCUCCCCAGUCACCAGAUCGUUCAUUUAAUGAGCAGGAAGGAGCAAUAAUACUGUUCCUCAUUUGAUUUGCAUGGAUCAGUUGAGGGGGGCAGUGUGUGCAAAAAUGUUUGUGGCCAUACCUACUGCAGGUGUGUAGCCCCUUGGCAGGGUGAAUGCAACCCCUCCCCCCAUAGUCCCAGAUACAGACGUAUGUAGAAAGCAACUUUUAUUUGUACUGUGUUCCAUGUAGCUGAUCACUGAUUGUGGAGGCAGGUUCUUUAGGAUGAACAGGGCACUGUCUGACCACCAGCCUGUGCCCUUCCUUACAACUAGUUCAAGGGAUGGCCCUGACUGUCAGCUUCCUCCAUAGGCUCAGUGUUGUCCCUUGUAGAACUCAAUAGGGAGGGGAGGGACAAAACCAGAAUUAGUUGGAUUUGCCUGUUACUUUCUCUGGCGCCACCUACUGUUCGUCUCCCUGCCUCCCACCCUACCAGUCCAACAGGCACCAGCCGCCAGCGAGUCUUACUAAACUCCAGCUACUGUUAACCUGCAGUUCAGUACGCGUGCACACAUAAAAUAACAAUCUGACUGUCUGGAAUGUGUAUAUUUAUAUAUAUCCAUGGUGGAAGCCUGCAAGGAGUUGAUACCAUCACUGGGAAAGGAAGCCCAGGACUCUUUUUGUUUGUGCUGAUUACAAGGCAAACACUUGGCACAGAUGACAAUCAUUAAUAACCCUGUUUAAUCCAUUUCAAGAAUGUCAUGUUAAAGGAGUGGUAUAGGGUGUAUUGACAUGAAAACACUAUAUUCUUCUGAACAUCUCCAGAGAAGCUCUACAUAGAUUUGUCAACACGUGACAGUUUAGAAAGUAGAUGUGUUUACUUCCAGAUUAAAUGGUUGCCUAUUUUUGCACCAUGAGAUUUGCUUAUUUUCCUGGUGAGGGGAAAAAGAUUAAAAACAGCAAACACACUUAUUUUGUGAUAAUGAUUUUCCAUUCAUCUCUCCGCCUUGCUUCAGCAUAUAGCCAGUUUUCACGACAAAACUGAACAGAAAAGCAGUAGCUUUCUUAUAAAAAGACUAACAUUUCUAUCUAUUAGAUGUCAGAGGAAGAAAAUCCUGAGGGUAUAUGAACUGAUUGUUGUGAGGAUAAAAUGAGAUGUGGUGGUAGAACUACAAAUGUCAUCUUUAGCUCUAUGGAGUAAAGGCAGGAUAUAAAUAAAGGUGCUGGUCAGCAAUUAGGCUUGUUCAAUCUUCUUACCGAAAAUUGAGUUGCUGCUAUAAGCAGAUUUCAAGAAACCUGUUAAAGAGUGUUACAAUGGUGUGUCCUUUAUUAUAAUUAUAUAUAUAUAUAAAAUAAAUGGGAUUCAAUUUUGCAAGUGGAACCUACAACAAAAUGUUGCAGUGUGGAGUGUUCAGAAUUUCAGCCAUGCCAUUCUUGUCUCACUUUCUAGUUUUCUGUCUCUCUGGCCCUGUCAAUCUGCAGUCUGUGACCACUCAGCCCAGUGUUCAUUUGGCUGAUGAGGGGUUUCACAAGUUUGCUGACACCUUUUCCAUGUGUGAAGAUGUUACAGUGUUGGCUAUAUAAGCAAUGACACCUAGCCUCAGAAACAGGGGAAAUGAUUUCAAAGUUCACUGACAAAGUAUACUCUACUGCACAUGAGUCAGUAACUCAUUUCCUGCAAACUAUGGUGCGUCAUCUGAAUAUGUAACCUGAAUGCUGACUUGCAUACCUCUGUGAUAGUUUUAGCUGUUUGUAAUAAAUUGUUCUUUUUUCUGACAAAAAAAAUGUUUUCCUUCUCAUGUUAAUAGAACCAUAGAAUGGUGGAGUUGGAAGGGACCCCGAGGGUCAUCCAAUCCAACCCCUUGCAAUGCAGGAAUCUCAUCUGGACCAUACAUGAUCUCAACUAGAUCAUUCAACCUCUGCUUAAAAACCUCGAAGGAAGGAGAGUCCACCACCUCUUGUGGGAGUCUGAGCCACUGUUGAGCAGCUCUUAACUGCCAGAAAGUUCUUGAUGUUUAGUCAGAAUCUCCUUUCUUGUAACUUGAAUCCAUUGAUUUGGGUCCUAGCCUCUGGAGCAGGAAAAAAAAUAAGCUUGCUCCAUUCUCCGUAUGACAGCCCUUUAGAUAUUUGAAGACGGCUAUCCUAUUUCAGUCUCUUCUUUACCAGCUAAACAUACCCAACUCCCUCAACCAUUCCUCAUAAGGCUUGGUUUCCAGAACCUUUCAAGAUUCAUGAGGAAAAUAAUUCUUAUCUCAUAUGUAUAUCUGCCUCCAUUUUUCUGUUUACUUCCAAGCAGCUUCAAUACACCUGCAGGGCAGAAAGGAUUCACAAAGGAGUGUGUGAAUUUCUGUGGUUCCCCAAAGGGAAUUUAGUUGGAAGUGGGGAAAGAGCUGACAUUUGUCAGUUCCUCAAGCAACCUUCACCCAUCUGUUGCCCUCCAGAUGCUUUGGACUACAACUCCCAUCAGCCCCAGCCAACACAUGGAGGCUAGUCCAUUAGGGCAAAUGGGGUCUAUCAGCUUUCCCCUGCUUAGUCUCCACAUUGCCCUUGUAGAACUCAGUGGGGAGGAGGAGGGGCAAACUUAGAAAAAGUUGGCUGUGGCGCCAUCUACUGUGGGGCUCCCUGCCUUCCGCCCUACCAGUCCCAGUGGGCACCAGCCAGCACCGACUACAGGAUGCUGUUGAUUUGAAUUGAAAACGUGAUUAAGAUGAGGGAAAUCUCCCAAGAACUGGAAAAGUCAGCUGUCCUUAGGUGUUAACAAAGUGCUUUGCUUCAAUUUAAGAUGAGAAGCCUGACACACAAACCCUGCCACAAUCUCAUUUAAACCGUAGCAUCUGGUGUUAAGCCUAUUUAGGCCCACUGAAGCUAAUUGGACUCAGCCAGGCCAAAUAGCACAAGCUUAACUUUCCGAACUCUUGUCUCUCCCUCUCCCCCCACUUCUCAAAAUACAGAUUAUUGACAAAGAAAUCAACCCAUUUGUGGACAAAUGGGAAGAAGAGGGACAGUUUCCAGCACACCAAGUUUUUAAGACUCUGGGGAAAGCUGGAUUCCUUGGAGUGGAUAAGCCAACUGGUAAGAAAUAGUCUUAAGUCUCUACUUUUAAUGUAAAAGGCAUGUUCUGGCCUUUAAAGGGCUUGGUUCAGAGAUUUACCAAAAGCUGUUUGUAAAUUCAUCUCAUUUAGAACAUUUUAACACUGGGGAUACAUAGAUACAUAGCAGUUUCCCCUACCCUCCCGACCACAGGUGUAAUUUGCUUUGGGUGUAUUCUGGGACAUAUUUAAUUUAUUCUUGGAGAGCCUCCUUACACAUUUGAAUGAAGAGUCUGACCUUAUGAACCACUGUACCAGCAAACAGGUGUGUAGGAUGAGAAUCAAAGUUCCUUGUGGUCAAUCUUAACAUAAUUGCCUUGUGUGAACUGACUGCAUUGUAGAAAUUAAUGCAACAACUGGGAACGGCAACAGAACGUUGCAGUGCUGUUCAAGGUGCCAGCCAAGCUUGCUCUCAUCAGUACCAUUUCUUUUUCUCUCCUGUCUUUCCCCCCUCUCCCUCCCCCAACGGUCAGUCAAUAUUUUAUGGUUACUGAGCAUGCUUAGGUUUGGGUUUGUUUUUUUUAAGGGGUUUUGUACUUCUGAAAAACUUGGGGUUUCCCUGAGACUUGCUUAUACCUUCUGUGUGCUAUUUUGUCUAUAUAGGAAUUGGACAAUGUGAUCACUGUGUCAACCCCAUAAAUCUGAGGAUGGUUUCAUCAUAGGAUUUAGGGUUGCUGCACAGAUCCAUUACACAGCACAGCAUAGAAAAGGAUAAGGAUUGGGGAUGCACAAGACAUUUUCAAAGCCUACCCUCAAAUAAUUAUGGGAAUUUUAGUUCACACAUACCCCACAGACCUACAAUUCCCAAACUACAAACUACUAACAAACUACAGUUCCCAGGGUUCUUUGAGAGACGAAAUGUAUUUUGAAUGUGCUUUAAAGGUCUGGUGUAUAUACAGCCAAAGGUAGUUUCAUUAGGGAUAGGUCCAGGAGAACAUGGGUUGUUGCCAAGUUACAUUUUUUCACCUUAAGGCCAGGAGACUGCUAACUUUGAAAAAGAGCCAUUGGUUUGCUCUGUCUCAGGUUUUUUUUAAAAAAACCAGACCUUUAAAUUUGUGGCAGGACACCUUGUAAAAUUUGGACUAAAGUGGACUACGCCAAGAAUUCAGAUCACUUGCCAAUUUUGUCCUAGGGUCUGCUGUCAUAUCUCUGUUGAAACACUCAAGUAGAAAUUGAGAGAGAAAUAACUUCUUGCUCUUACCUUGGGAAGAUUUUUUUAAUCCUUAGUAGCUUCUGAAAGAGAACUAGAACUAGUCUAGUUGCUAAUUUUUUAGUAAACAUGCUUUGAAUCAUAGUCAGGGUUGAAAAGAUACAGAAUCCACGAAAAGCAAAUGAGGCAUAAUUGCAUGGUUCAGAUCUAGUUCUGAGUAGUUAUAUGUAAGCAUUUGGUCAUUCCUGUUUAAGAAAUGCACUUUUAAAAACCAAAUUGCAGAGUUAAAUGGAACAAAAGCUUGGUAAUGUAUCACUUAUCUUGUUUUCUUUUUUCGUCUGCUGCCCCCCCUUUUUUAAUGCUCAGCUUUUAGCAUAAAUUGAACAUGGGCUUCAAAAUGCACUGCAUAUUUAAAUUGCACAAGAUUGGACUUCUUUUAUUAUCCUACAGCUUGGGUCACAUCUCUAGCUGUGUGCUGGAUGGCAUUUCACCACAAGAAAACUAGCAAGAAGUGCAAGGCAAACGUUUUGAACAUAUUGCCAGAUCUUGUUGAGCGCCUGCUAUUUGUUAUGUCCCUCUCAAGUGCGGGGUUUUCCUUGCAGGGUCGUGUGUGUGCAUGUUUUAAUAUUGUCUGCAGGUAAUGAGGACUUGGGUUAUUGUCUCUUAAAUGCUCCAGAAUUCAGCCUCUAUGAUUUUGCUUCCCUGUAAGAAUGCAGCUUGCAGCUAUUUAAAAAUAGCUCACUUUGCAAAUGUUUCGUAAGUCUCCAACGUGAAUAUGUUCCUCAAGGUAUAAUAUUGUCACCAUCUCAUUGUGGAAACUUUGCUUCAACUGGGCUGGCUGGGAGGAUACUUCUUUGAUUUUAUAAGAGGCAGACUGUGGGAUUAACCAUUUAAUGGAGUGUGUCAGGGAACUGCCAUUGGCUCAGGGGUGAGAGGGGAAAAGCCGGAUAGAUUACAGAGAGCCCACAAAGAUCAUGGGAAGCAGACCUCCUCAGCGGAGGAGAGUAACCACACCUCCAGAGGAGAGGAGCUGCAGGGCUCGGGGGAGGCAAGGCGGGGCCAGGACACCUUGCCUGAGCAAAGCGGGGAGGAGAGAGGUCCUCCGUUACCCACGCCCUCCUUGCGCAGUAGGCUUCCGCGCAGAGAGGGGAAGUGCAGACUGGGUGUCAAGAAACUACUCUGCUGGGAAAGGUUUAAGGACCGCCCACUCUCAGAUUCUGCCAGUGAAUGAGCCAGCCACUGAAGAGUGGCACUCUGCAUGGUGAAGGUUUUUUGGCACUAUUUACAAGGCUUUACAGCCGACCAGGGAGGCAUUUGCCUGAUUGCUCUCGAGCAACCCCCUGAUACCCUUACAGAGAGUAUCCUUGAAGGCAUUCUUUCCUUUAUUGUUUAUCUUGGACAGUUAACAGCUGCAGGAAAGGCCCGGGAAUCCAGACAAAAGAAAGAGUGUUUAUGCAUGCACACACAUGUGUUCUCUCUCUCCCUCUCUGACCGUUGAUCGUAUCUCUCUGAUAUAAAAUGAAAACCAAAAUUCUGUCGAAACAAUGCCAUUAUUUUAAUAGGGUUUGGCCCAGAAUGAGGGAACGGUAGCCAUAAACAGUUGCUCUGCUUCAGAAAACUGCUACACUCUGAUGGGUUUGUUUGACAAAUCCAAUUAGUUUUGAGCUUCCACUUUAUAAAAAUGCUGACAGUGCAAAGAGAACAUUAAAGAUUAACUUUAAAGGACAAAUGAGAUUACUGGUUAAAGAGAACUUGAAACCAGAAACUGGAUCAAAGCAGUUCUCUAGCUCGGCAUACUUAGAGCAGUCUUGCAUUCCCAAUUUGGUCGAUGAUUUGACUUCUCUUUUCAUAUCUAAGGGUAUGUUCAUAGAACUGUUUGCUUCCCAUCCAGUGCACUACCACUGCUAAUCUUUGAAGGCAAACUUACAUGCCGCUAGCUGCAAUCCAUAUUGAUCCUGGAGUUUCUUGACAAAUACUGCCAUUCGAUGUGGUGCUUCCCCGCCACAAACUAGUUUCAAUCCAAUUUUUUUUAAAAAAAACCACAAAUGCAGAAUAAUGCGAACAUAACCUAACUGCUGUCACACAGAGGCAGAUGACAGCUUUAUGAAUAGGAGUUCGAGGAGAGUUUCAGAGGUGGGGGUCGAGUGAAGACAUCCCUGUGCCCUUUCUGAUGGGAACAUCUCAUUGCAAAUGCAGCUUGAACAGCAGCUGGGGUGUGUGUGUGUGUGUGUGUGUGUGUGUGUGUGUGUGAAGAGACAUGACCUUGCUGUGUUUCUAACCACUAAUAUGAACGUGCUCUUUACACGGCUAGUCUGAAGGUAUUUAAGCUGCAGUCAGUUGGUAUUAUGCCAGUUCUGAUGUUGGAGUAGCUGCCUUUGAAAAUAACUUCACUAGUUUUUGUAUAUGAUUAAAUAAAGUGUUUUGAAAUCCUGCAUCACAUGGUGUCUAGAUUUCGUGUGCCUCUCUCCAUCUUUGUCUUCAAUCACCCCAUCAUUUCUUUUCUUUGCUGGAUUGGAUUGCAAACCUUUGGGCAAGUCUUUGUGUUUUAUGUUGUACUGUAUAGCACUUUGUAGGUGUUCAUGCAAUUAAAAAAAGGUAAAGGCAAUGUUAGUAAGUUUCAACGCGGGUGGCACUGUGGGUUAAACCACAGAGCCUAGGACUUGCUGAUCAAAAGGUCGGCGGUUCGCAUCCCCGCGGCGGGGUGAGCUCUCGUCGUUCGGUCCCAGCUGCUGCCCACCUAGCAGUUCAAAAACACCCCUAAGUGCAAGUAGAUAAAUAGGGACCGCUUUCUAGCGGGAAGGUAAACGGUGUUUCCGUGUGCGGCGCUGGUGCUGGCUCGCCAGAUGCAGCUUCGUCACGCUGGCCACAUGACCCGGAAGUGUCUUCAGACAGCGCCGGCUCCCGGCCUCUUGAGCGAGAUGAGCGCGCAACCCUAGAGUCGGUCAUGACUGGCCCUGACGGGCAGGGGUACGUUUACCUUUACUAAAGGUAAAGGACUCCUGACAGUUAAGUCUAGUCGCAGACGACUCUGGGGUUGCGGCGCUCAUCUCGGUUUACAGGUUGAGGGAGCUGGCGUUUGUCCGCAGACAGUUUUUCUGUGUCAUGUGGCCAGCAUGACUAAGCCGCUUCUGGCGCAACUGAACACCGAAAACAGAGCAGCACAUGGAAACCUAUUUAUCUACUUGCACUUUUUGGCGUGCUUUCAAACUGUUAGGUUGACAGGAGCUGGGACUGAGCAACGGGAGCUCACCCCGUCGCGGAAAUUCGAACCGCCAACCUUCUGAUCAGCAAGCCCAAGAGGCUCAGUGGUUUAGACCACAGCACCACCCGCGUCCCCCUAUACAAUUAAUAUAUAAUAAUUAAAAAAUGUUCAGGAAGGUGGUGUGCAUGCUCCCCCCCGUCCCCCGCUGCUCACCUAAUCCCUACAAUAACCCCUUGAGGUAUGUUAGGCUGGAAGGCAGUCAUCCAGUGAUCUUCAUGACCAAGUGGGAUUUGAACCCUGGUCUCCCAGGUCCCUGUCUGACACUAACCUCUACAACACAUUCAAACACAAUUUCUGUCUAGCCACCUGUUCUACUUCAAAAGUAGGAAACAUCUGCUUGAUUGUCCCAUUGUGAAGAAUGAAGUGUGUAAUAGGAAUAGAAUGUUUCAACAGAAGUGGACAGCCGUGUUUGACUGUGAUCAAUUGAAUUGUAUUGGGGUUUUUAUUGUGAAGGUGUCAUCAGCUUUUGUCUACAUACGUAGUUGUCGCUUAUUAGUUUGUCAUUCCAGUACAUUCCUUUAUUAAUAGCAAACUCUGGUACAAGUUUGGGGAAGUUAGUAAGCAGUUUUCAUUAUUGCCAGAGGAAAAGGGAAACCAUAAAUAAUCAGCGAAUCCUAAAAAUGAAUGACAGAAAUGCUGUUUGAGAACAUCUUUUGAAUCAUACUGCUAGGAUUUGAUUUUUAUGCCUUUUAUUUUAAGACCUCAACCACAUAUUUUUACACUAAAUACCUGGUACAAACCUGGAAUGUAUUUUACCUUUUUAAAAAUUGAUCAUUUGUGUAGAUUUAUAAGCUGAUUCUGUUAAAUAAUCACUUCUUGUUUCCAAAAUUAAGUGUCAGAAAGUAUUCACCCCCACCAGAUUUUUUUUAAAAAGGAAACCAAUCUUAUGUUUACAAAAGCCAUGCUUAAAGUUUGGAGCAUGUGUUUUCAAAAACUUGCUCCAGAAAUGUUUCCCCUUACCUUUGAAUAAUCAGUUUAUAGGAAGUCAACUACAACAUACACUUAAUGGCUCAAUCUGGUGAAACAUUCUUCAUUUUAAGGAUUGGAUAAACCAAGGACACAUAGUUGCUUAAGAUCAAGCAGUAAUCUACUGAAUCAGACAUACCUUCCAUCUUUCCAAAUAAGACCCGCAAGAGAACAACUUUUAACAAAAUAUGGAAUUCCUUUUCUGAAAAUUCCAUUCAAAAAUCUCUUGUUACAGAAUGCUCAGGGAAAGUUGGUUUUAAAAAUCUAUGCAAUUCUAUCUAAAUUUAAAAGAGAAGACUGGCAAGCAACAUGCAUAAUUUUUUUUUUAAAAAGAUUUUUAAAAAAAAACAUGUUUAUUGCAAAUUUGUAAAGAAAAAAAAGGGAAAAAACGGGGAAGAGGGAGGGGUAAUUCUGUCACCUUGUGUUAACAGUAUAAUAAAUAUCACUAAAUCCAUCUUAGUUUACACAUACAAAUCCAUAUAUGCCAUCCAGACAUCCAAAUGUUUGAAAAUGGGGGGAAAGUUCUUAUGAAACAGCUGAUAAUGCAACAGAGUGAUUGGAAUGGCUGUUCAAAAAUACACGUGCUCCAUUAAUCCAUGCUAAUUUAAAGGAAAAUUUAUUUGGAACAAUUUAUCCAUGUUAACUUGUUUCAUAUUGACAGAGCAAAAUAUAUAAUCGAAACAUGUUCUGUUUGAGGUGAAAGAGAAGCGGAGUCAAUUUUAAACAUAGUUGCACAGUACUAAAAUAAAAACCUUUUGGAUUAUAGAACUAAAUGUAGUACAAGAAAUGACAAGAUAUGUGUUAUCUAGAAACUGAAAACAUUUUUCUUCUGUAUGAUACAACCAGAAGCACAGAUCUCCAACUGAAGGCAAAUUUUCUGUACUUUGUAAUGGAAGAGUAAAGAUCCCAACACAUGACACUUGCAUUAUUUACCGUACUUGUAUGGCACUAAUUUUAUUAUCGGUGUUGGAUACUGUUUCCUGUUUGUUUUAUAUACUGACUUUCAUUGUUUUAUUUUAGUUACUGUUAUCUUUGGAUUCUUUUUGGGGAGAAAAAAAGGAUGUAAAAAAGUUUGUACAAACCAGAAGUUAAAACACAAAAGCCAAUGAUUUAAAGUAGAGUCCUUGGAAAGUUGGUACUCUGUCUAUAAUCUCUUUUAUAAUAUGUUUUGAAGAGUGAAACUAUUUUGUUUACAGCAGUUUUCUACCAAGUGUACUAUAAAUCACUUUGAGAUGCCCCAUAUAGGAAACAUUUCAUAAAUGAAAGAAAUAAUAAUGUGCAUAUCAAAUACAUGCAUCAACACCUAACCUUUUUUUCCUACAGAACAGAAAACCUAGCUAUCAUUCCAUCCUGUCCAUUAAAGAGUUCUUUGCAACUCUGAGGUUAAAAGCUUGCAGGUCAAGCAAGGGCCGUUCAUCAUUACUUGAAUGCCUUCAAGUAUUCGUUUUCAAACAAUUCAAUGCAACAAGCAAGAAUCAGGGCUAGACCUGGAUGAGUUGCUGAUGGCAAGUGCCACACCAGCUUUCCUCCCCUUAAUUUUUUUCUUCUCUUUUUCUGUUUUGGGUCCCCCUAUACCUCUUCCUAGGGACGCGGGUGGCGCUGUGGGUUAAACCACAGAGCCUAGGACUUGCUGAUCAGAAGGUCGGCGGUUCGAAUCCCUGCAACAGGGUGAGCUCCCGUUGCUCGGUCCCUGCUCCUGCCAACCUAGCAGUUCAAAAGCAUGUCAAAGUGCAAGUAGAUAAAUAGGAACCGCUCCAGCGAGAAGGUAAACAGCGUUUCCGUGCGCUGCUCUGGUUCGCCAGAAGCAGCUUAGUCAUGCUGGCCACAUGACCCGGAAGCUGUCUGCGGACAAACGCUCCCUCGGCCCAUAGAGCGAGAUGAGCGCCGCAACCCCAGAGUCGGUCAUGACUGGAUCUAAUGGUCAGGGGUACCUUUACCUUUUUAUACCUCUUCCUUCUUUUACUCUGUUUUUUGACAUUGCUAGUGGUAUUGCCAGGGUGUUGCCCAGUCCCUGCUCCUGCCAACCUAGCAUUUCGAAGGCAUGUCAAAGUGCAAGUAGAUAAAUAGGUACCACUCCGGCAGGAAGGUAAACGGCGUUUCUGUGCACUGCUCUGGUUCGCCAGAAGCGGCUCAGUCAUGCUGGCCACAUGACCCGGAAGCUGUACACCGGCUCCCUUGGCCAAUAAAGCGAGAUGAACACCGCAACCCCAGAGUCGGUCACGACUGGACCUAAUGGUCAGGGGUCCCUUUCCCUUUACCUAGUGGUGUUGCCAAGGAUCCCAACCAGCUGUGUCUGGCAUAGCUACAGCCAUUUGCACUGGGCUGCAGGAUUGCUAUGCAAGACGAGAAUAUUGUCCAAUAUCUAGGCCUCCAUUUAUUAAUGUUUGCCUCCUGAAUAUUUUAAACGAAGAGUGCAGAUUCGUUAGGAGGGAAUGCAUAAAUAAACGUUGAGGCAAAUUAAAUCAAGUGUCCGUGCAAUCUCCAGAGUACACAAUAAAGCUAGAAAAGGCUGUUCUCAUUAACAUUUUUUAAUGGCAGCAUGGCAUGAAGCGACACAAGCUUCUAAUUAGGGGAAUGAUGUAGGCAACACUCUAGGUUGGUAGAGGUAUGGCUUGAUCUAAUGCUAAAAAAAGAGUUCCCACGGUAAUUGUGCUUACUGAUAACCUAAAUAUUCAGAAGCGGGUGGGGGUGGUUUGGGAUGGCACAACCCCAGUGAGUCUGUAGCUCAGAGCAUGGGCUUUGCAUGCCAAAGGUCCCAGGUGAAAUCUUGGGGUUUGCAAACAGCGCUGGAAAGACCCGUGUCUGAAGCCUUGGAGACCUGCUGCCAGCCAUUGUAGAACAGUGCAGACAGUAGGUAGGUUGUCUGACUUGGUAUAAGGCUGCAAUCUCAUAUGCCCUUACCUGGGAGUAAAUUGUCUUAAUCUCAGUGCAACUGACUCCUGAGUAGGCAGGCCCAGAAUUGUUUACAUGCUGCUGGGGGGGGGGGGCAUUUUAAAAAUGCAACUGCAGAGGAUGGGAAGACAUCCCAAGGGCAAAAUGCAAACUUGGCAGAUUGGCUAGCGUUUUAAAGGAGCAUCCAGCCUCUAUUAACAGAGCUUCAGUAUUUGCACUUCUAGGAUUGUUCUGCCCUUUUUCCGGUGGCACGUUUACCUUGGGGAGCCAUUUCACCUUGCUUGUCAACAUAGCAGCGACUUCAGAUUGGCAGAUUCAUUGCCUGCUGUUUUGCAGAUGCCCCUUUCCGAAGGGGAAGCUCCAGCAAGCGUUAACUCUGAGCUCUGAAUUCUAAGUGUGAGUUUUGGAGACCUUUCUUUUGACCCAAGCAGAGACAAAUCGUAUAAAAGUGUCUAAUGGCAGGGACUGUGGAGAUCCCUGUGGAAAACAGGGGCAAUCUAUUGUUCUCAUACCUGCAGAAUCUUAAUAGCUGAUCUCAUACGGUGCUGCACUGAAUACUUUCCAUGUGUGUGAAAGGAGAAUCCUUAACCUCAGUAGAUAUACAAGGAAACUUGAUUUUUAAAAAUGCUAUGUCCAGCCUUGUUUUUUGCCGCUUGGAUGCAGGGAAGAGCCCUCUGCUAUUCAGAAAGUUAAUUACUGUCCUUGGGAAGGGAGAAGGUAUGCCAGUAGCUCUGUGGAUACUUGCAGAAAAUCCUAUCUCCCUGGGGAGGAAACGGCACAGCUGGAGUAUGAAAUGUACAUUUUCUAAUUCAGGCGUAGGCAAACUCCGGCCCUCCAGAUGUUUGGGACUACAAUUCCCAUCAUCCCUAGCUAACAGGACCAGUGGUCAGGGAUAGUGGGAAUUGUAGUCCCAAACAUCUGGAGGGCCGGAGUUUGCCUACGCCUCUUCUAAUCCUUCUGGGAAGAUCGCUUGGUAGGUUUUGUUGUUUUCCCAGCUCAACCCCAGCUAAGGCUGAGGAUGGAUGGAGAUGGAGGAAUUGUUAGCAGGAGCGAGAGAUGGGCACUGCGGUCGCUUAGGAGAAUGGGGCAAUGAGGCCUUCCAGCAGGGAUGGGCAACCUGUGGCCCUGUACAUGUUGGUGGACUCCCACCUGUCACACUACUUGGGGAUCAUGGGCAGUGCUUUAAAAAAACAAGAGAGAAGAACUUGGGGAUAGCCAGUGAAGCUGAAUGUUGGAAGAUUGUGGACAAAAGAACGUAGUUCAUACAACGCACAGCUCAACUAUGGAAUUGGCUGCUACAAGAGGCAGCAGUGGCUACCAACUUAGAGAGCUUUAAUAGAGUAUUAGACAAAUUCAUGGAGUAUAAGUAUGGUUUUGAAUUUCCAGUUGCUGGAAACUGCAGGAGAGAUGAGAGCUGUUGUGUUUCUUUCCUGCUUGCAUCUGGGGGACCACUGUGAGAACAAGAUGCUGCACUAGAUGGGCUACUGCAACUGAACCCUUCUUAUGUCCCUUCUUAUGUUCUUUAGAUGCUUCCACUUGCUUCCUCUCAAAUUUCACGGGAUGCGUCUGUCCAUAAAAAUUCAUGGUUCCAAGAUGGUGAGUGGUAGGAAGAAACCAUAUAACCUUUGUGUGGUGCUUAGGAUGUCAUAUUAGGAUGUCAUAACUGCCUGCAUAGUUCUUAGAAAUGCAGUUCCCCCUUCCUCCACUAUUCAUUCUCUAUCAGCUAUUUAAGGCAAAAGAUGUAAAGUUUGGCUGUCGUGUUCAUUGGACAUUGAUUAUUUAAAAGGUCAAAAUGAUGCUCAGUCUUGAUGGUAAUUAAUCUGUGUUAAGGCCAGGGUUCUUUUUUGUCAUCUAGGAGCAGAAAAACACCUUUCUCGAUAGUGGCAGGUUAAAUUUUUAAUGAACAUGGCCUUUGUGCCACGAUCGUUAGUCAUUUGUGAUAUAAUUUGAUUUGCAAUUAAUUACAAUAAUGUGUUUUCCAUUAAUCAGCCGUGCCUCCUUAGGCAAGCAACAGCAAGUUUAGUGUAGGAAUGUUUCUCGGAGCAUUUGAUCCGUGAGCAAGUGCAGCUCCUGGAAAGUAGGGAACGAUGACACUGUCACUUUCGGUUGUGCAAGUUUCUCAUUUCUCCACGUUCCCACAGCAAAUUGUGAUUUAUUUAAGUCCUCGUGAAACUUCAUCAGCAUUUUAGUGUGAUUUUUCUCCCAAUACAAAACAUUUGGGUAUGCCGUUUUGACGGAUACAGUGGUACCUCUGGUUACGUACUUAAUUCGUUCCGGAGGUCUGUUCUUAACCUGAAACUGUUCUUAACCUGAAGCACCACUUUAGCUAAUGGGGCCUCCUGCUGCCGCCGCACAAUUUCUGUUCUCAUCCUGAAGCAAAGUUCUUAACCCGAGGUACUAUUUCUGGGUUAGCGGAGUCUGUAACCUGAAGCUUAUGUAACCUAAAGCGUAUGUAACCCGAGGUACUACUGUAUAUGCAUUUUUGCUAGGAAAUGCCCCUAAAAUAAUGCAUUUUUGGUUGGAGAACUGCAUUACAAAAUUUUGAGGAGUGCAAAUUUUGAGGAGUACCUGUGUUUCAGUGGUUGGAGCAGUAAGAAUGAGGCAGUUUCUCAUUAAAUGCAAGCAAAAUUGAAUUGCUCCUUAAUACCAAAGGGCAAAGAUGCACAAGUUCUAACACUUGUAGAGGCCCAAGGGACAGCCCCACAGCCACAAAGGCUGACUAAACUGAAGCCAAUUGUACUGCAUCACCAACUGUACACAGUAUUCAAUACGUUGUUGCGUCAUAGAUUUGUAUAAAGAUGUUGUGAUAUUUGUCGUCUAUUUUCUAUUCUUUUCUCAAUGUUCCUCAAGAUGGAAGUUGCCUUUUUCACAGCAUCAGUACAGAGACAUUUCAGUCAAUGCCCAGAUCCCAUUCCUGGCCUGCCGCUGCCAACACAGAGACCAUCAGCACUAUAAGUGAAGCUAGGAAUUUUUUAUCCCACUUUACACUUGCUUCGGUUGAGCUGUUUUUGCCUUUUUGACCCCCAGUCUGCCAUUUUGGAGAGAUACUUCUGGGGCUGUUUUGUUUUUACCACCCUAAAUUAUUUGGAGUCAUCAGCAAACUUGGCCUGCACAACGGUCAUCACUGUCUUGUCACAAUAUAUAACUUUGGGGGACCCCACUUUUUACAUGCCUCCGUUGUAAGAACUAUUCAUUUAUUAUGUUUUCUGUUUCAUAUUCUUUAACCAUAAACUUUUAACUGUUUCAUAUUCUAUAUCCAUAAGAGCAUCUUGCCUCUUAUCCUAUGAUUACUAAGUUUGCUUAGGAGUCUCUGGUGAGGGACUGUAACAUGAAUCUGCUGCAGCCUGGUCAGUUUGGUUUGCUUGUUUGUUUAUUUAGGUUAUUAGUUUGCUGCUCUCAGUUUUUAAAAUUGUUUUUAAUUUAUCUCAUAAUAAGGCAUGGAUUAAGGCACAAACGUCAAAGUCCACUUUUUGAGGGCAGAGCUGCAUUUUAGGUCAUGCGUUUCAUCUUCCACGACCUUGUUAAAAUUUUGUUUUGCAGAGGAAGCAGUUUGAGAAAAGGAGAGAAAAGGAGAGAAUCAGAACACUAAUCUCCACUGCAUAUUAAGGAAAACAGAGCCUUGGAAAUACUGAUUAAAAAUCAAGGCACGUGGCCAAAAAAACCUGGCUGUUCUUUUUCUCAACAAUCUCAGUUGUUUUAAAAAAAUUAAAUAGUUAUACAUUAAUUCUGGUUUCCAAGGCUUUUUAAUAAGCAUUAUGGGUUCUGCCCCCCACCUUUUCUUUCUCUACCUUCUUUCCUCUGCCCUCACCACAAAAGUAAUGGCCUGCCAUCCUUUUCUACCCUUCCCCUUUUCCUGCUGUAGGGAGGAAUAGAGUCAUAGGUUGCGUACACAACAUAUAUUUGAAGCAACCCCUGGGAAAAAGAAUCCUGGGAACUGUAGUUUACCCUUCAAAGAGCUACAAUUCCCAGCACUCUUGACAAAAUUACAGAUCCCAGAAUUCUUUUUCCCAGAGGUUGCUUCAAAUGUAUGGCACAAAUGCAGCUUACCUUUGGAUGGAAAUGUUGGAUGGAAUAGCUGGUGCUGAUUGUAAAUAUAUCUCAGAUCCAUGGUCAAGGGAACAGGUUGCUAUAUCUUCUCCCUCUUUUAUUGUGCCCACAUAUCCACUUGACUGCUUAUGCUGGCAAACGUCUAUAGCUGUUAUUUAUAAACAGAAUUUGAAACUGUUUUUAAGUGGAUGUCAGAGCCCAGGGUGACAAACAUAAAAAAAUUAAAGCAGCACAAUUUAAAAUAAAAUAAAAGCGUAUUUAAAACAUCCCUGGUUUAAGCUUUUGUUUAGUCAAACUUCCUUUAAUAAGAGGUUCCCUAUUAGCAAGAAUAGCAAUGUGGAAUCUGUGCCCCAUCCCAUCCUUGCAGAUGUUGUUGGAUGCAGCUCUUAUCAUCCCUGACCAUUGACCAUGCUGCUUGGGGCUGAUACAAGUUGAUGCCUGACAACAUCUGGAGGGCCACAGGCUCUCUUUAAAUUCCAACUCAGCCAUGAAGCUCGUGUGACCUUGGACCAAUCUCUCUCUCUCUCUCUCUCAUAUAUACCCCUUGAUAGGAGGAUAAACUGCAUGUUUGUGAUGUUCAGAGAAAUCCAUGUCCCCCUGAUGGAAGGGUGCAACAUAAAUGUAACAUGCCUAACCCUCAUAGCGUGUUUAUUUAAGAAAACCAGAUGCCUUUGAAAUAACUAUUGGGGAAGGGGCCUUAUGAAAUAGAUGAAUUUAAAUUAGCCUGAGAAGAGGUUUGUUUGUACAUUUCAAAAUGAAAUAAGGUUAAUUAAAAUCAGUGGCAGGGUCCUGAAUAGGUGCCAACUAGGAUUUUGCAUGAUCUUGUUUGGUAUUUUAUGCAUUAGUUAAUACAGAAUAGGGCAUUUGUUUUUAAAACUGCUCUUGGCUUGACGGACCAUUCAAUGCAUAUUCAGUGUAUCCAUGUGUGUUACUUUAUUGGCUUUGAACCUCUUAAUAAAGCGAUUAUGCAUUCCACCGCGUUGCUGUGUGAUCUGUGAUAAAUUGUAUUGCAAUUAGCAUUGACAGGUACUAUUAUAGUCAAAUGCCUGAAUUGCUAUUGCAGAAUUUUUUUUUAAUUUUUGGGGGUCUUGUCUUUUGCAGCUAGAUUUGUUUCAGGUUGUGUAUCAUUUAUAUAGUGCUAUCAAAGUUCUGAACUGCAUUUCCCAUGACUAAUGGCCAUGCAGAUGGGAGUUGGGGGUCCCCUACUCCUGCUCCAAAAUUUUGCACAAGGGAGGCAAUGGCAGAAAGGGAGAGGAAUGGAUGCAGGGGUAAAUCAUAGAAAAUGUGUUGGGCUAGCAGGCAGGUGGGCAUGAAGAUCACGUUUGCCAAGUAGUCCUGGAAAUAGCCUGAUAAUGGAAGUGUCAGAAUAGAUUAGCUUUCUCAUUGUGCUUUAUCUCUGGUCUGGAAUAUGAUGGUGAUGAUCCCUCAAGGCAAGUCUGUAUGAUUAUAUCCCCACUCACUGCAGAAAGGGAUAUUGAAGCUGAGGGAGAAGAAUGCGCUUAAGUCCAUCGGGUGAGGUCAUGGCCGAGGUGACAUUUGAAUCAGGAGGUUACAGAUGUAUAGCUCCCUCUCAGCCACUGUGCUACACCAGCUUGGGUCUGUACUGCAGGGGAACUGCUAAUACCCUUUGUGGAAUUAUCAUUUUCUAGGAUGUCCAACUAGGCAAAGUGCUGAUUACACUUACAAAUUUUGUGUUCUGACAUCUCCGACUGGGGUGCUGUUGUUGUUUCUGUUGGUCUGUGUAUCUUAGUUUUGAAUCUUGUGAUUUAUGUGGAAAUUGUUCAGUAUUUUUUAUUGUUUUAUUUAUUGUUUAUGACGACUUUUCUUAUGUUAUACAGUGGUACCUUGGGUUACAGACACUUCAGGUUACAGACUCCACUAACCCAGAAAUAGUACCUCGGGUUAAGAACUUUGCUUCAGGAUGAGAACAGAAAUCGUGUGCCGGCAGCGGGAGGCCCCAUUAGCUAAAGUGGUACCUCAGGUUAAGAACAGUUUCAGGUUAAGAUCGGACCUCCAGAAUGAAUUAAGUUCUUAACCUGAGGUACCACUGUAGUUGUGUAUCUUCUUCAUGUUGCAAGCUGCCUUGAGCAUAGUUUGAACUGCGGAAAGGAGGCAUAUACAUAAAACUUAUGUGUGCAUGUAUUAAGGGAGAGGAGUUUUUCCGUAGUUUUUUUAUGGUUUCUAGUGGGGUAGCUAUGUCUUGUCCAGCAAAAAACAAUGAAAGCCUUAUAGAACCUUAAAGACUAACAGAUUUAUUAUGGUUUAAGCUUUCAUGAACAGCAAAAACCACUGAAUCACAAUACAUCAGUAUGUUUAAUGCUCAUAUUUGUGAGAGGACAGCAAUCUCCUCUGCCCCCUUGAGUGUUUUUCUAUAGCUGGUAAAAUGUGGCAGAUCAAAUCUUUUCACAAAAGUGCCUUUCCUCAUUGUUCUGGACUCUGAGAGAUGAUUGUCAGGUUUCGAGUAAUGUUGGCAUUUGCAUAUGAAAAGCAGCUUGAAGUCAGCUUAUUAUGCAUUUAAAUUGUUGCUUCUAAAUUUUACAUUUUAUUAACUUAAAAACUUUUCCUCUCCCCCUGCAGCCCCCUUCCCUCAUUACAAUAAGUCCCCAAGUUCUCCAGAGCAGAUUUUUGCAGGGUACAAGAAUAGCGAAUUGACAGAAGUAACUCCUUCCACCUCUAUUGGCAGGAGCGCCCCUUGAGUGGAUUUCUUCUGAAUCUGAAUCUAAGCCAAUUAAUACCACGCUCUGUGGAGCCCAGUGGGUAUAGCCAUUGCUAGUCAUACUCUGAGUAGACCCAUUGAAAUUAAUGGGCAUGGCUAAGUUAGGCUGAUGAAUUUUAAUGGGCCAAUUCUGAGCAGAACUUCCUUAGAUGCAACUCCAGGUUUCCUUCUUUUCAAGAGGGCUGCAUCAUUACCAACUGUAGGCACCAGAUUUGGUGUAACUUUCGAGGUCCUUUUCUAGAGUUUGAGCUUUGAAGCAACAUACUUAUGUCUGAGCUUGGUCAGUGCUGUGUAAUGGUCCCCCUGCACCGUACAUGUGUGGGAAAAUAGAGCUCUGCAGUUUGCCCUGGUGGAGACUUCAUUUCUUUUCCAACAGAUGUCCCAGAGGAGCAAACUCUGACCCAGUGGAGCAAGUCAAGAACCUGACUUAUUUCAGCCCAGACUAAUGAAAUAAGUCCCAUUUAGAGAAGCAUUAACAUCAACUUAAAGCCAUGUUAUCAGCUCUUCAGCAAAACAACCCUGGGUAAAUCUUAGCCCAUGAUUUGUGGUAUAUUUCCAUAAUUGAACAAAUGCCAUUUGCUUCAAAAUAUGAGGGCUUUAUGAGUUUUUCUUAAUGUCAGUUGCUAAAAAUCCUUUUAGGCUGUACAUAUAUAACUUCAGACAAAUAAGCAUGAAUUAGGAGGUUUAUUCCCGGUGAUGGACACGGGAGGAAUAACCUUUAAGAAGAGAAUUUAGAAGACGUUUUCUGCCAAUGUAUGCAUUCUUCUUAAUCAUGAUUUUAAAUCGGGUAUUAAGCGAGCAGUGCAAACAAGCAUCCCUUGAGCAGAUGACCACUUAGAAGAGCUGUGAGCUCCUCUCCAGAAGCCUGCAUGUUUCUGUAAUUCUAAGCCAGUAAACUAUAGUUUGGCUUUACAAGAUGUACAAACAGUUUAACACUUGAUUCCUCACAUACUUCAGAUAUUUUGGAUUACAGCCCAUGACAAUUUUUCAUGCUAGCUGGGACUGAGGGUCAUUGGAAUGCAAAAUAUCAGGUCAGAGAAGGCUGCAUUAUAGGAUACUGGUAGCCUUGCCAGCAUUGAUCGGGAAUUCUUAGAAAAGAAAAAGAUCAGAUCAAAUUCAGUUCACAAUCUUGAUUUAAAAUGACAUCCAGUUGUAUCCAAGCAUAGAUGACAAUCUUUUGUGUGAGGGACCAUCCUUCAAAAAUUAGGUUACGAUAGCUUAAGAGGUAUCCAAAUGCAUAGUGAACAACAAAUUUUCCAUAAUAUAGAGUAAAGGUAAAAGUAAAGGGACCCCUGACCAUUAGGUCCAGUCGCAGACGACUCUGGGGUUGUGGCGCUCAUCUCGCUUUAUUGGCCGAGGGAGCCGGCAUACAGCUUCCGGGUCAUGUGGCCAGCAUGACUAAGCCGCUUCUGGCAAACCAGAGCAGCGCACGGAAACACUGUUUACCUUCCCGCCGGAGCAGUACCUAUUUAUCUACUUGCACUUUGACAUGCUUUCAGACUGCUAGGUUGGCAGGAGCAGGGACCGAGCAACGGGAACUCACCCCAUCACAGGGAUUCGAACCACCGACCUUCUGAUCAGCAAGUCCUAGGCUGUGUGGUUUAACCCACAGCGCCACUCGCGCCCCUAGAGUAAUAUAGAGUAAUAUUGAGUAAUAUAGAGUAAGUGGUGGUGGUAAUAAUAAUAAUAAUAAUAGAUUGAAUACAAUUUUAUAAUUCUAAAGAAGAAAAUUUCCUUUCUUAUGAACAGAAUAUGGCGGCCUUGGCCUGGACUUCUCAUACAGUAUUGCAGUGGCUGAAGAACUGGGAAAUAUUCGCUGUGGAGGGGUUCCCAUGGCGAUUGGAGUACAAGCUGACAUGGCAACACCUGCCCUUGCAAGGUAGAUUUCCCAAGAAAACUCAUUGGCUCUUUCUCUUGACUUUAAAGGGUUUGUUCUUCCGGGGGGCAGUGAGGUUUUUUUAAAAAGCAGAAAAGAGAGCUACAGCUUUCAAUCUAGCUCUGCAUAAUGAAGGAAGGCAAAAAUUGAAGAUUUUAAAUGUGACAUAUGUUUCACCCAAAGACAUAAAAUACCACAAAGGAACAAGCGUAGCUCACACAGAUUUUAAUGAAAAGCUAUAUUAUUGUUGGAGGAUUUGUUUAAAUGCUUCAUUUGGUUGUUUCAAUUAUUGUGAAUCGCCCUGGGAUCAAUUAACAACAGGCAAUAUAGGAAAUCCCACAAAUAAAUAAAUAGGGUAAUUAUUAACUCGCCUAGUAUGUGUACAUACUACCACAAUUCAGCAAAGGUCUGAAAUAAAUGGUAAGGUCCUGAUUUAAUUUGUUUGCUACUAAUUUCAAGAAAGCUGCUAUUAUUUUGGUGCAAAGGCAAAAUAAGGUUAUAGCAAGAGGUUUUUUUCUUCUUUCUUUUUUUAAAUCAAUAUUUAUUUAUUUGAAUUAAAAAAUGUCAAAACGCAAUGACAUUUACUACAGACACAAAACGAGAAAAUAAAAAAGAAAGAAUAUAAGAAGAGAGCAAAAGAGAAAGAAAAAACAAAAAAAACCCCAUAAUACUAUACAUUUCAUAUAUGUAAAUGCCAUAUAUUUUUUGUGAGUUUGUAAAUAUGCAAGAGGUUUUUUUCCAGAUAGUUUGUGUGAUGCUCAUAAGCACAUAUUUCAACACUAAAUAAAAUAGAUGCGCUAACCCCAAAACAUUAUUGUUAUCAUCAACUUCAUUACCACCUUGACAUCCAAUUUGGUCUCUAGCCGCAGUGCAUAGCUUGGGAGUGGGAAAAUGCCUUCCUAUCCAUCUUGUGGUGUAACCGUAGCUAAGGAGGCUGUUGACUCUUAGUACCUGGAUAACAGAUCAGCAUCUCACUGUCAAGUUUCCCCACAUGUGUUCACAAUGUCAAGCCGGCUCACUGCCUGACUGAUGGCCCCUCCAGCUGCCUCUGUGAACAUUGUAUGGGGCAAGGUGUGCACUCUGCCCCAAUUUCCCAUCUGUAAUAUGGGAACUGCCAUAUGACCUACUUAGCAGUUGUUUUGAAGGCAAAUGCUGUGAAGAUCAAAGACCACUCUGCAAAUUACCUGAAGGAAAGGUAACAUAGAAAAAUCCAUUAGUAGAAAUGGUUCUGUACACCUGAGCCUGCUCACCAGCACCCACCUCUUCGGCAGGUCGAUAAUCGCUCUAGUUUAUCAAAGCUGCUGGUUAUCUUGUUUGGAAAUUCAGGAAAUAGAAGCCAUGUUACAAGUUUUUUUUCCCACUGCAGUACCAUUACUACUGCUGAUGAGACGAGCCUCAAGGUAAAAAAAUAAAAAAGUAAAUAAACUCUCAGCAGGUAAUAUUGCCACCCAACUCGAUAGAGACAAGAACAAGAUUGGACAGUUAAUUUGCAAGAAGAUGGAUGGAAGUAAUUCGGGAUGAAAGAAUCAUAGGACCAUCAACAAUUUAACAUGUAGACACCAGAGAUGAAAAUACUAUGAAAGAAAAUCUCAAAGGGAUUUUUAUCACCUGUCUUAGAAACUUGUGUAUGUAGAUGCUGUUGAAAAGUUCUCUCUGUCCACACCAUUCAUAAUUUUUAUGCCUGUCAUGUCUCCAACACCAUUGCUCAGUUUCCCCCUAAACUAAUAAGUCAAAAAUGUUGGUUGCUCCAGCCACGGGAUCAUUUUGGUUGCCCUUUUGUGCAGCUUUUCCAGCAAAACAGUAUCCUUCUGAAAUAGAACAGCUUUCACCUGACAUCUCAAACCUGCUUGAUUUCUAAUGGAAGGGAGUUCCAUGGAGUUGGGCCCACAACACUCAAGGCGUGGCUCCUUGUUGACACAAGUCAUGCUUCUGGACUACAGAAGACCAACUAAUAAUGUUCUCCCAAAUGAUCGCGGUAAUUUACUUGGGACAUAUGGGGUAAGGUGGUCAUUAAAAGCACCACAGACCAAAUCUUCUAGAGCAAAGCUAAAGGUAGCCUGACAUACAGCGUGUUGUCAUAAUCCAGACUUGAGGUUACCAAUGCAUGGGCUACAUCAGUGGCCGCAGCUGAAGUGGAUCAAUGGCAUCCCUAGCCUCUGAGACAACCUGUUUAUGCUUUCUUGGUGGGGCAGAGAUUGUCUUCUGUUGUGUUGUCAACUAUCAAGGAAGCCUGUGGAUUCAGAUUUAAGCACAUGUAGGCUCAUUAUCAUUAAUUACUGUUGGCCUUGCACACAAUCAUCUUAAGGCAUUCACCCAGCUGGGAAAGCCUGUCGGGACAAGAAGUGUCUUCAGCUGCUUCCAGAAAGUGGAGAUAAUGGGUGCCUAUUUUGACAGAAAUGUUAUUCUACAGUACAGGGGCAGUCAUACUGAAAGUCCUUCUCUGAGUUACUGGAGUAUCGGCUUCUGAGAUUUGUGAAAUUUGCCAUAGAAGCUUUCCUGCAGACCAUUGGGUUUAAGGUAGUGUCUCAAGUCACCUGGUCCUGAGCUGUAGAUUUUAGUACCAACACCUUGGACUUGACCCAGUAGCAAAUCGGCAGCCAGUGAAAAUCCUGCAAUCAAUACGUUAUAUGCUGGUGGUAAUUUGUCCCCACAAGCAACCUAGCUUCCAUGUUCUGCACCACCUGUAGCCUCAGGACCAACCCCAAGGGUGGCCCCACAAAAAGUCCUUUGUUGUAAUCCAACUGUGUUGUUAAAGUUGAAUUUGGAAUUGGUCAGGUCCAGGUGUAAAAUGCAUUUUGCUUGUCUUCCCACCUCUACUCCUUUCUGAAUUAACACCCCUGUUCUUGAAUUUAUCCAGACAAGUUAGAAAUGUGAACAUUCUUUGUUCGAUAUGAAGGCUUCCCCCAGAGAGAACUUUCCAAAUAGCAUUUUCUUUUUCCUUUUAAACAUGUGUGGUAUAAACCCCCUGGCAACGUGCGGGUUGCCAUAAUUUCACAUAUCGAUUGCUUCCUCCCAAACUCUGGCCCAUUUAUUGUACUGCUGAGGAUAAAAAUGGCAGCUUGAUGCAAUAAGACUGUAGAAAGAAUUCCCCAGAAUAGGCUUUUAUUAUAUUUAAUUCUUCCCUGUGGUUUUUAAACAAAUCAAUAAAUAGCCGACACAUGGCUUCAUCCCCCCCUCCCCCAGUGUUUUGGCUUACGUUUGCUGUGUUUUUUCAACACCAUGUGGCAAUGACAGCCUCUGGGAUACUAAUCAUAUCCAUUUACAAGCUACACAAAUGUCUCAUGGAAAUGGCAAGAAUAUGCUGCACUAAAAGAGAUGGGGGGGAGGCAGGGAAGGGACACUUUGGUUGAGAACUGAAUACAACAGGCAUGUCCAACUUCCAAGAGACUGUGAUCAACUCCCACUAUAAAUAAACUGGCAGUGAUCUACCUAUUGGAUUGACCACAGUUAGUUGCUGAGUUUUUUGGGGGGUGGGGAAUGACCAGAGUUGAUGAGCUUAUUUGGGGAGGAAUAACCAGAGUUGUUGAGCUUUUUUCACCAAAAGUUCGACCAUGAUCGACCACAGACACCCCGCGAUCAACCGGUAGGUAGAUUGCGAUCGACCUGUUGGACAUGCCUAGAAUACAAGAAUCUUUGCAGCAGAAAUUGCAGGCACUGUUGGCAGAAUAGCAACAUGAGAAAUUCUGAUUAUAUUGGGAGUCCUGCAUAAUAAACCCUAAACCACUUACCCUGAUACUUCUUUUCCAAAGGAAUUGCAGGAGCUCAAAUGGACUGCUUAGCCUUCCCUCUAAUAACAAACUCCAGGGGCAACAGAAGUGCAGCCCAUAGCAGGUCUCCAACAAAAGGGUGGCAUCACCAUGCUUAAGGGAAUACUGAGGUUUGAGAAAGUAAUUUUUGAAUAAAACUUCUAAAGCAGGAGUGGAGAGUCUGCAGCCCACAAGCCAGCUUUGGCCUGUCACAGGUCCCAGCUUGGCCCACAAGGUUGUUUUCCCCCAACCAUGGCCACUUUCCCCAUACCUGAUGGCAGGCGGAGAUGCGGCUGAAUCAGCUGCUUAUCAGAGUUCACUGCAGGGAACUUGAUCACACAGGCAAUCCCUGCAGAAAGUCAUCACUCAUCCUUCAAAACUCACACUUCUCCAGAUAUUGCAAUGCAUUUCUUCAACUAGGUAACGCAUACAUGUGUGAAGAUUCAUAUACUGUACAUGCAUUUAUUUGUGAACAACAUACAAAAAAAUAAAAAUGUUACAUUGAGAAAAUUUGCUUAGCAAAAACAUGUAUAGAGCAAAAAUUGGUUCCAGAAAUGUGUCUUAUUAGGAGACUUUUUCAUGAGGUCUGUUUCAUUUAUUAUUAUUAUUAUUAUUAUUAUUAUUAAUUAUUAUUGAAAACUGAUGUGGAGAACCAAACUUAAGAAUGGAAAAACAAGAAACGGAGAGAAACAGAAAUGGAUAUAUUCAACCCUCACUAAGCAUGUGACUCUCAAGAUUGACUCUUUUCAGUAUUGCUGCUGCUCAGUCUUGGGUUAUCAGCUGUUCGAUGCCCUUCUGUGCAGAUCCGCUGCGCCACUCGUGUGUGCCAAGUGCCGCACUCAUCCUGGAAGACCUGCCAUCUCCUUUGAAGUGGGUCAUUUGACGUGGCGCUUAGAAAGACGCGAGCGUAGGGUGGUUUAAUGAAAUGUGGAAUGUGAAAGAAUUCACCUGCAGCUGUUCCUACUUGAAGCUACAAUUUUCCCCCCACUGAUGGUAUGUCAUAAAGUGUCAGUCCUAAUUAGAAACUUUCCUCACUCUAGAGUUAAUUAAUUCAGUUGCACGACGCUCCGCACGGCUCCUUUUCCUCCCCUGUGGGAUGCGAAAGAAGAAAGAGUACCAUCUCGUCUCCCUGCCUCCCUCCUUCAUAUUAAGAGAAGGGAGCAAAUGCCCCCCCUCCAGUUAAAUCAGAAUGAAGUGCAGGCAUUUAAGACAUGUUUUUGUUCAGUGCAGCAAGACUCCCAUCUGCCAGAAAGCAUAUUGAUUGCUCUUUAAGGGGAACUUGGGAAGCAUUUUCCUGGGAUACACAGGCAUCUGCGUGGAAGAAGUGAGUGUGGUAAAUGUAAUAGUGUUCGGAUGCCCUUAUAAAUCUCUUCUUUGUAACUCCAUUCAACAGAAUUGUACUCACAUUUUGUUCCAGAGUUGAAACAUCAGUUCCGCUCAUGGAUUGCUUGAAUGUAGGGCAGGAGCAGGGCUGUGUCAAAGUCUGCACAUUUAUGCAAUUAUCUUUAUUUGUCUGAGCAAUUUAUAAUAAAUCUCUAAGCGGUUUACAAAAACACAAUACAGAAAAAUCAGUUAAAUCUAUAAAAUCAGACUUUAGUUAAAAUGCUUGCUUGCAAAAAAAGAAGUCCUCAGUAGACACCAGAGGUUCAGGAAGGAGGGAAGCCUCUUGUCCCCCAACUGGAAGGGCAUUGUGUAAAAUUGAGCCCACAAUACUAAACACACAGCUCCUGUUGUGUUCAAACUGUGCAUCCAAGCGCCGGGGGAGAGGCCUCUUAACAGUGACUCCCCCAAAGAACUCAGUGAUUAGGCAGGGAUAUAUGGGAUUAGCUGGCUGUUGAGGUAUCCUGGACUCAAAUUGUUAAGGGCCUUGUAAAUUAAUACAUGAACGUAGAAGCAUUGAGUAUGGUCAUUGGCAAAGGAACCCCUUUGUGUGAGCAGGUGCUUCUGUAUAAGGCAGCUUCCUAUGUCCCUAUAUGUUUGGAGUUUUGUGUGUUUGGCUGCUUGCCAGGGACUGCAAAGGGAGGGUAUUGCAAAAACACGGCAUUUGUCAAUUGCCCCAGCAAGCCACCAGUCCAUUUGGAUUGGUUCUCAUUCCUUAGAAGAAGCUGCCUCUUAGUGCCCUUGCCUUAUUGCUUGAUAGCCACAUUGUAAAUCUUAUUUUUCUGUGGUUUCUUUUUGUUUCUCCCCUUCUGCAGACAUACAAGUUAUUUUCAUGGCUUCUGUCUCUUUUGAAUAUGUAUUUUGAAAAGACAUAAAUGAAAGUAUUGCUCUCCCGUUCAAAGAAAAAAAUGGGGGGGGGAGGAAGGACUAUUGUAAUGCCACUUGCAUUCAGAAAUAUUCAGAAUUGUAGCAAACAAUGUUCUGAAUAUUUCACAUUGCAGAUUUGGAUCUGAAGAACUGAAGAGAGAAUUCCUUGCCCCAAGUAUAGCUGGAGAUGUUGUGGCUUGCUUAGGAGUCAGUGAACCUGGUGCAGGCUCAGAUGUUGCAAGUAAGUAAAUAGACGAUGUUUAGGAUUUUUAUAAGACGUGUAAGCUGGUGUUCAUUUCAUCAUGUUUUUGGAUCUUGUCCUCCAAGUUCCUCAGGGUGACACACACACAAUCCCUCUGCCCCGCACAGACAACACAGAAACUUUAAUUUUGCGAGAUGGUGAUUGGCCCAAGAUCACCCAGUAAACUGUGUUUACAUUCUCAGUUUCACAAAUGUGCAGGAGAUUAAGCUGCUAGUUGCUAUGCUAUAGGGCAUGGACGAGUAACCUUUUCUGUCACAUUCUCUCCAAGGCAGUCUGUCAAGGGCUGCAUGCCACUGAUAGGUGGAGCCAUACUUAAAGUGGGAGGGACCACUGCUUUCCCCUCCCUCUUCCUCCAUGUCUAGCGGCUGCAGUGGGGAGAGCAGAUCACUCUUGCCAGAGCUGCGACUUACCAGCUUGCAGAGGGCUAUUGAAAUUACACAAAAUUGGGUCCCUGGGUAUGGAAAGGAUUUUCUGCAAGUGGGCUUCCUGAGCUGGUGGCGACAAGGGUUCCUCAUCAGGGUUGUGGAUCAUAAUCUUACAGCAUUUGGGACAUUUUGUGCUGUUACGAAAAAGCUUUGCAGAAUGGGCUCUUGCGGGGGGAAAGGGCCUAGUGUUUUGUAUGAUAUUGCAAUGCAAAUGGCAACAUGUGGGGCUGCCCCUGAGGUUGGUUCAGAAACUGCAGCUAGUGAAGAAUGCUCAACUCAGCUCACUAGGGCAGACUAUAACCAUCGUGUUACACCACUGCUGAAAUAAUUGCACUGACUGCCAGUUAGCUACUAGGCUAAGUUCCAGUAUGCUGGUGCUGUUGCACAAAGCCCUGUGCAGCCUGAAAAGAUUUUUUAGACCUCUUAUUUCUGGAACAGGUACACCUAACAACUUAUUUACUUUUGAAUAGGCAUCAAGACGAAGGCUGUAAGAAAAGGAGACGACUAUAUUAUAAAUGGUGGCAAAAUGUGGAUUACAUCUGGUUGUCAGGCAGAUUGGAUGUGCUUGCUGGCAAACACUAGUGACGGACCACCUCACAGAAACAAAUCUCUUCUGUGUCUGCCGAUGAAGCUACCUGGUAAUAAAAAGGGUGUCUUUGUGAGUGUCUGUGAAGGCGCAUGCGGCCACCAACUUGCUGAAGCUAAGCAGGUCCGGGUCUGGCCUGUGCCUGGAUGGGUGACUGCCUGGGAACUGCAAGUCUGCUGCCUUCAGUUCCAUGAUGCAACAAAGGCAGGAUGCAAAUGUAAUAAAUUAUAUGGGGAAAUGGCAGUAGUACCAAAAAUUGGAGGGCUGGAACAUCUUCUGCUCUGACCUCCCUAACCUGUCCUUCCAUCCUCAAAUGAAAACAGUGUUGCCUGGAAAUGAGAUACUCUCUUAAAGUAAUCAAUCACAUUUGAGAGAGGCUAAAUGAUAUGUCAUGGUUUGAAAGUCGCGGGGGGAAAGAAUGAGAAAUGGGAACGAAAGUAAAGUAAAUAUUUUAUGCAUAGUCUCUACCCCUUCCCUCACCCCAAGCAGCGGAAAUUUAAAACCAUCUUUCUCUUAGAAAUGUGUUUGAUGUGGAAACUUGUAACCUAUUGUAGGAAUAGAUAAGGAACCCACAGAUUUCUAUUUUCUUAAAAAAAAAAAAAACUUGUAAAAACACGGCUUGAAACAUCCAAACACGCUGAACAAUAGUGCUAUCAAUCUAGUAUGUCUUGGAGAACGGUCACCAAAGCUACAGCCAGGAGAUAGAUAGAUAGAUAUAUUUCUUUGCUGUAUAAACUGUUUUUGUUGCUUAACUUCAUUAGGUGACCUGGAAACCUGAUGGCCAGAAUCCCAACUUUCCACCCAUGAAUUUAAAACAGUUCAUGAAAUAGGCUUUACUGCCUUACCUUUUCCCUUUCUGCAACCCCCUCACCUCCCUUCCUACAAAUCUGCUCCUGGGAACUGGAGGCGGCUUGGGAGUGAUGUGGGAUAUGGUGGAGGUCGGGGCUUCAGGUGAAACGGCUGUUUGUAGAAAUUGCUUCCCCCCGACACUUUGCAGUCGACAAAGGAGCAAUUUGGGGUCCAAACCAAUGAAAACCCAGAGCCAUCAUCAUCUUUCUUUACAAAAUAUGGUUGAAGCUGGGGUCAGUUUAAUAUGUCCAAAGACAUAUACAGUGGUACCUCAGGUUACAGACACUUCAGGUUACAGACGCUUCAGGUUACAGACUCCGCAAACCCAGAAAUAGUGCCUCGGGUUAAGAACUUUGCUUCAGGUUGAGAACAGAAAUCGUGCGGCGGCAGCGUGGCGGCAGCUGGAGGCCCCAUUAGCUAAAGUGGUGCUUCAGGUUAAGAACAGUUUCAGGUUAAGAAUGGACCUCUGGAAUGAAUUAAGUUCUUAACCCAAGGUACCACUGUAUGUAGAGUUGAGAUUGGCAAUGACAAUUGAAAAGCACACAGAGCUGAAACUUUCUUCUUCAGCUCUGCGUAGUUUUCAUGGGAGAAAGAGACAACCACUCUCAGCAUCUCAUGAUGCUGUGAGGCAGCGAGGGGGAUCUCAGAGACUUUGUGGACAACUGGUGAAGGCCUCCAGGUCAACUUAAGGAUAAGCAGAUAGUUGUGGCCGAUUUCGAUAGGAACAGACCAUCGUAGGGUUUCCUGCAUCAGAGUCAGUAUGUUUUCUGCAUGGGAAAAUUACUGUUCUCCCCCCAGAUAAGACUGGAAUUUCCAUUGUCGGCACUGCCCACAAUCUCAGAUGAAAAUAUUUCCAUUUAUUAUUAAAGGACUUUUGUUCCAUUAACUGCUCCUUUUCCGUUAAAAGAACAAACCAACAAACUUCUCACGCAUCUUCAGGGCUGACCCCUCCCCUCUUCUGCAUUGGAGAAGGACAGGUGGAAUCCGCAACGAAAUGUUGCAGCAUGCAGUGCCUCUGUUCAGGGUUCCAUUAACGCUACCACCAUCCCACAAUGGUCUGUCAGCAUUCUGUGACCAUUGAGCACCCCCAGUUCUCAUUAGGCUGGCUUUGGAGUUUUCUCCUUCCUCCUUAGUGCCCCCCCCCGCCCUCAAUAUUUUUUGCACUUCUGUAAACCUUGGGUUCCACCCCACCCCUCAAACCUGCUAAUAUCUUCCCUUGCGUGUGGGUGGUGCUGUUUUGGCUACAUAAAUAAACAGCACCCACUGCCUGAACAUGCAAAUGGAAGGAAUGAUAAUACCGUGACUGAGAUCAAUUAAAAUUUAUGUGAACUGAGUUUAUGGACUUCACCAAAAUUUAGUCUGGUCAUAACAGAGCUAAACUUGCAGCCCAUUUGUUUUUUCUUUUAAAAGUGACCAGUAAUCCUGAAUUAUUUCUUCUUUGUUUUGUUCCUAACCAGGGUGAAAUACCUCUCUUAGGUUUUUGAACCUCACUGAAUCCAGCUGCUUUGAUUAUCAUUCUGUAGACUUUUGUUUCCUUUAGAAUUACAAAUGUGCGUGCAGUUCUAACCAAGCGGCCUUAGAAACAUAACAAAUUAGGACUUUGCUACGCAGCCAAGAUUCAGAAACUUAUUUGAAUUUGGAAUCUGGAGGAUGUUUUCAGUCAUGCUUUCGUUUUUCCAUGCGUCACUGUGAACUCCACUCUGCUAAUGGGCUUAAUUACACACGCAAGAUUGAAACAUUAAGUGGAAGAGCCCUAGAGGCUCAUGGGAUUAAAUAGGGAGGGGGAAACCAUGUACACUGCCUCCAGCUCCUUGGGGGAACCCCGGGAGGCUGUUAGCAGCAGGAGUGAAUGAUGCUGAGCUAGGCAGACCAAUGGCUUGACUUGGUUUAAGGCAGCUAGCUUCCAUAUAGUCCGACACAUAGCUGCUUAUCCCUGCCAUGCCAACACAUGGUUAAAAAGAGAAGAAAGCCCAGGAUAAUUCCGCAGCCUUGUUUUGCUGACUGUCUCGGGUCAUGUGACCUUGAAGAAAAUAGCAUUUAUCUAUUUCAUUCUGACCUCCACCCAGCAAAGAGAACAAAGAUGAAAUUUCCCCUUCUCUCAACCCACUCCUUCCCAUUUUCUCCAAAUGCUUUUCUUUUCUUUUUAAAAAGCUCACUUAUCCUGGAAUGACCUGAGGUUAAUUGUUGCGGGUGUUUUGCUCUCAGAACCAUAUUCUGGAUGGGAAUGGAGGGUACAUUCUCAAGGGUUUAGAUACUUGAAUGACGCUCUGAAAGACUGAACAAAUUUCAUACUAAUUCUCUGUAAUUUUUUUUACAUGUUUUGUUUCCUUUAUUAAUCAAGAUUCUAACGUUUUACCAUAAUAAGCAACCUGGACAGUUUUGACAUUUUUCACUUUAAAAUUCAGCUUACUCUCAUUAGGAAGCUGUUCCUGUUUUCAGGAUUAUGAAAAGCAAGACCUUUUUUAAAUCUUGAGAAUUCUGAUUUGCUGAUUAACAACAGCACCACCGCUUUUACAGAUGAGGUAGAAAUGGAAGUAUUUACCUUAUCUUGGGGUUUUUUAAAUACACACACACUUGCAUGUGUUCUUAAAUUUUAAAAUCUUAUGUGUUUAAAAAGGAAGACUCUUGGUUAUACCUUUUAAAAAGAAAAUACCACGGUACGUUUGGGACUAAUUGUUUCCUGUCACUUUUUCCACGAACCCUUAUUUUUAGGUGUUCACAUUGCUAAGAAAAUCGACAAGAUGGGCAUGCGGUCAUCCGACACGGCACAAAUCUUUUUUGAAGAUGUCAGAGUUCCCAGAAAAUACCUCAUUGGGGAGGAAGGAAUGGGCUUUACAUACCAGAUGUUGCAAUUCCAAGAGGAGCGAAUGUGGGGAGUAGCCAGCAGUAAGUCCUCUGGGCAGUGAUAAAGCCUGUCCCUUACAUAACAACUUACAAAAUGCAUUUUAGUGGUAGAUCACAGCCAUAUCUUGAUGGGCAUUUUUGCUGAACACCAAAUACUUUGGUAUGCGCUGGCAAAGUCAGUUUUUUCCUCCCUUCUGCAUCCUUGCAUCCCAGAAAAAUGCAUAAAUGAAAGUUCAACAAGCAGGAGUCCACAAAUGGAACAAAAAGUUCCAUUUCUGACUCAGUAAGAGGCAGCUCCCUAUGUUCUUAUAAGUUAGCGGUUGUAAAUUUUCCAGAGGGCCUUUCAGAACUCAGCUGUACAUGCUUAUUAUGAAAAGGUCCUCCUAGAAAAUGUGUAGAAUUUUCUUGCACUUAAUCUUACCCUCUGCUUCGCUCAGCACCCAAAAUAAUAUGAAAUUAACAUUUUUUUCUUUCCUUAACUAGGAUUUUUAGUGCAUUUGUUAUAACCCAUAUAGCACUGCCAUCUGCUUCACAAUGCUGUUACGAUGGAUUAAAAAAGCAAAACCCAAACUCCCUGUUGGAAAUGCCAUUUUCUUAAUUUUAUUAUAGAGAUCACUUUCAUAUGUUCUUAUAAUAAGUGCAACAAAUUAAUGUUUGAAUUCUGCUUCUGCAGUACUUAUGUGAAACAAAGUAUUAUUGGGUUGCUGCCAACCAGCUUCUACUCAGAGCAGACCUAUUGAAAUUAAUAGACCUACUUUAGCCAUGCCAAUUAAUUUCAGUGGGCCUGUUCUGACUAUGCCCAGCUUUGCAUACAACCCAUUUUAUUGAUUCAUAAAGGUAAAGGUACCCCUGCCCGUACGGGCCAGUCGUGUCCGACUCUGGGGUUGCGCGCCCAUCUCGCUUAAGAGGCCGGGGGCCAGCGCUGUCCGGAGACACUUCCGGGUCACGUGGCCAGUGUGACGAAGCUGCUCUGGCGAGCCAGCACCAGCGCAGCACACGGAAACGCAGUUUACCUUCCUGCUAUAAAGCGGUCCCUAUUUAUCUACUUGCACUUAGGGGUGCUUUCGAACUGCUAGGUGGGCAGGAGCUGGGACCGAACGAUGGGAGCUCACCCUGCCGCGGGGAUUCGAACCGCCGACCAUACGAUCGGCAAGUCCUAGGCGCUGAGGUUUUUACCCACAGCGCCACCCGCAUCCCCUAUUGAUUCAUAUAUACUGCCUAAUGUCAAGGUAGCAUUCAAGAGGUUUGUAAAACAUGAAAACCAAUUACACAACAUUGUUUAAAUACAAAACAAUUAGAAAUACACCAGGCUGUUAAAACAGCAUGGCAGUUAAAGCAGGAGACUUUCAUGAAGAGACCAAGGGAAUGCCUGCAUUCCAAUCUCUGCUAAUUCCCCCUUGUUUUAUUUAUACUGUAUUCCACCUUUCUUCCAAAGCACGCAAGGCAGUUUGCAAAUUGAAAUAAACCUAUGGUUUGAAAUACAGAUUAACACUUGUAAAAGGUGUGAAAUACAGAUUAACACUUGUAAAAGGCUUGCCGAUCAGGUGGUCGGUGGUUCGAAUCCCCGCAAUGGAGUGAACUCCCAUUGCUCUGUCCCAGCUUCUGCCAACCUAGCAGUUCGAAAGAAUGCCAGUGCAAGUAGAUAAAUAGGUACCGCUCCAGUGGGAAGGUAAAUGGUGUUUCCAUGCGCUUUGCUUUCCAUCACAGUGUUCCGUUGUGCCAGAAGCGGUUUAGUCAUGCUGGCCACAUGACCCAGAAAGCUGUCUGUGGACAAAUGCCGGCUCCCUUGGCCUGAAAGCGAGAUGAGUGCCACAGCCCCAUAGUCGCCUUUGACUGGACUUAACUGCCCAGGGGUCCUUUACCUUUUACCACUUGUGCAACUCCUUCCCCACAGAGGUGCGUCUGGCACCUUCCUUAUACAGCUUCCAGCAAAUGCUGAAUAUACAUACCUCUUUAUCCUGGCUUAUGAAACUUCAGUUGCAUAUUUUUAGGACACACUUUCUUUUUAUUUUCAGGUAGGUAGACGUGUUGGUCUGACGCAGUCAAAAUAAACAAAAAAAAUUGUCCAGUAGCACCUUAGAGACCAUCUGAAGAAGUGUGCAUACCCAGAACAAACUUAGUUGGUCUCUAAGGUGCUACUGGACAAUGUUUUUUAUUUAUUUUGACCUAUUUAUGUUGUUUUAAACCAUUUUUAAUACUCAUGCAGUCAUAGAAUUGUAGAGUUGAAAAGGGAUCCUCCGGGUCAUCUAGUCCAAGAAUGCAGGAAUCUCAACACAAAGCCCCCCCACCCAAUUUGAAACCAUACCAGACCCUGCUUAGCUCUUCAAAUGUGCCAGCAAUUGUACUGCUGCACCGCUAGGAGGACUACUGUGUUAUAACAUUGUAACCCACCCUGGGAUCUUGAGAGCAAACAGCAGGUAAUUAAAAAUAAUAAUUCUAUCGGGGCACACAGGUCUUAAAUAUUUUAUUCAUUUUGAAAAUUUAUAAACCAUUUGAUAAAAAAUAAAAUUAUCCAAGCGGUAUACAAGUGCAGUUAUAUAUAGAACAGUACCUCAGUAGAGCAUGAGACUUAAUCUCAUGGUCAUGGGUUCAAGUGCCACACUGGGCAAGAGAUUUCUGUGUUGCAGGGGGGUUGGACUCCAUGACCCUCGUGGUCCCUUCCAAUUCUACUAUUCUAUGAUUAACAUGACAAAAAUAUACAAACCAAUCAAAAGCAUAUACAAUAUCAGCCAGACAUUUAAGUAUAAUGUCUGGAUAGGUUUUCUGAGACAGAAGUUUCUUCAGCCACUGCCUAGACCAGCAGAGUGAAGGUGCCUGUUUGAUGUCAGGAGGGACCCAGGGGACAUGGCGCUGCCACAACAUCCUGGACAAAGUGAAGCCUGAGUUUGCUAAGUGAGCUGUAAAAUAGCAACAAAGCAACUUCAGCUUGAGAAGCUGAAUAUGUUUUCACAUGAAUGCUGGGAAUAACUAUUUUUGGCUAGACAUUUGUUGUGCGGAAGCAGCAGGGGGAAUUGAAAAUGGCAGGCAGUGUCAAAUGUUCACAGAGGCACAGUAACACUUAAGAGUCAUUUUCCUUCAGUGUUACGCUGAGAACUCGUCUAGGACAUGAAAACGUCUUAACAAAGGAAGGUUUCCAGUUGCUUUGCAACUAAUGGAUUCUUAAGCACUAACGCUGAAGAUUAAGCGGAUUUCUCUCCCUUCUCAACCCUUGAAAACAGUUUUGCCACUGUGAUGGUUUAUAAAGUGGUGUUUGCUGUGGCUCAGUGGGAAUAGGAUUUGGCUGAGAUUCCUGGGGUGAAUUCUUGGUGAACAAAGUACUGUAAGCUCUAUUUCGUCGCAAUCCAGAGUCCCACAGAAGCUCUAACACACAUGCAAAGCUCCUCACAAGCUUCUUUUCUGUGUCAGAAAACACCGCACAAAUGUCGUCAUCUUGUGUGAAAGGUGGAGCGUUCUGCAAGACUGAAGUGUGAGGAGCAGUUGCCGUUCUCAUAGAGUGAUGGACCCAUUCACGUUCUACUUUGGGGGGAGAAGGGGGAAUCUCAAGCCAGUAAGAGUCUUGGAUAUGGGCCUUGCCCCUCGCCAUGGGAUAAAAGUUACAACCAAACCAGAGUGCAACCACAUUUUAUUUGAGUAUGAAAUGUAACUCAUGCAAUGAAAGAAAAAGGGAGUUUUUUGGGGGUUGCGUGUGCAUCUGUGUGUGUGAGGAGUGACAGUGAGAGAGAAAGAGAGGUGGGGAGAGAGGAAAAGAAAGGAGUAACAAUGUUCAAAUAGACACAGUAUAUCCUGAUUCACUUUCCCCACAUUAAGAGCGUUGCUUGAAAGUAUUGGACUCUUCCCACGUGGACUGUUCCCUUAGAACUGUUAACAGGUGAACACGCCUAUACACAGGUGUACAUUGGAUUCCCCCAUCCCCUUGGGUCUCUCAGAGCUGCUAGCGUGAGCCAUGGGGUGUUAAGUGCCAUUUCCAGGCAGUAAACACCAUAGAGCACAGUAGGACUUAUUUUCAAGGAAACACGUGCUGUAAGUAAAUUAAUACCUUAGUGAUCCAUUCCAAGACAUAUGACAUAAAAUGUCCUUUAAAGCUGUUUCCAAACACUAACUUGUUUGGAGGUUGCAAGUUAAUCUACCCUGAAUUGGUGAAUCAGGCUCUCUGUGAAUGAACAUUAUUGUUUGUUGCUUGAGGACUUUCAUGAGCGAACGGGUUGUCACAGGUGAAACUUUCAUUUUUUCCUCUCAUCAUCUUACCCACAAUGCUUUUCAGUGGUCCAUUCACAGAAACACCUGUGAAGAAGAGCAAUGGAACGAUGCACAUGGGUGUGUGAACUAAGUCGGAACGAAGCCAUCAUUGUUUAACCACAGGCUCUAGGGCCACACACACACACACACGACCAUAUUUACCCUUGUCAUUAGGGCCACUUCUCCGGUAAAAUACAAAGGGUUAGGGUUCAUAACCUUUGUGGAAAAGUCAUUAAUUAAACUCACUUCCUCUUUCGUUCUCCAAUUCCUAUAGUUUUGAUGCCACUGGAAAAUGCGAUACAAGAGACGGUUGAUUAUACUCGCCAGCGUAAGGCAUUCAACCAGCCAAUACUUCAUAACCAAACAGUGCACUUUCGUCUGGCAGAAUUAGCGACGGAGGUGGAACUCCUUCGAUCUUUACUCUAUCGGGCUAUUGGUAAGUGGAUUGAAGUUUUGCUUCAGAUAUCUGCUUGACCGGGGAGAGAUUCCCACCCUCAACUUUCCAAAGCAGAUUUUGAGGGUCCUCGGGAGACUGCAGGCUGGAGGAGAAGGUGAAGUCCUGUUGUGCAAGCCGGAGUCUGUUACAUUCAUGCACAGACAGUAUUGGGGGGCACCCCCCACACUAUUUUGUUAGGAUUUAUCUGCUUGUUGGAUCAGAUCAAAGGCCCAGCUCAUGCACAUCCAGCCAGAUGCCUCUGGGAAGCCCACAAGCAGGACAUGAGCUCAGUACCACUCUCCCCACCUGUGAAUCCCAGCAAGCGGUAUUCAGACAUACCACCUUUGACGCUGGAAGUAAUGCAUAGCCAUUAUGGCUAGGAGCAAUCGAUAGCCUUAUCAUCCAUGGAGACACAUUAAGCCACCAUCUUGCUGAAGCUAAGCAGGUCUGGCUGUGGUCUCUGCUUGGAUGGAACUGCAAGUAUGCCGCCUUGGGUUCCAUGAUGGAAGAAAGACAUAUAAACUAUAAAACCUAACAAACAAAAUAUCCAUAUAGGUAUUCUUAAAAUGCAUUCUUUAUGUCUUUUUCUAUUAUAGCUCUGUAUAUCUGUGGCAAUGAUGUGACCAAAUUUGCAUCCAUGGCUAAAUUAAAGGCAGGGCGUCUGGCUCGGGAGUUAACAGAUAGUUGUCUCCAGUUCUGGGGAGGAAUGGGGUUCACUAAUGAGGUGCUGGUGAGCAGACUGUACAGGUGAGUGAAUACUCUAUGAUCAAUAUAUAGAUAGAAGAAAUAACUUUUGAUUUAAAUGUUUUGUUUCUUAGAAUGCAUACCACUGGUAAUUUUUUUAAUUGCUAAAUGAGGUUUAAUGGUUUGCGGCAAGGUGUGGUAUGCUUGGAGUUAAUAUAAAUAUGGGGAAGGUAUCUUUAUUACGUUAUUACAUCCAUGCAUCCAACAUAUUUCUUCACAACCCUGUUUUAACCAGUACAUCACAAUUUGAUAUUUUAAGCUCAAUUGAUGCAAUUCAGAAAAGUGUAUACACACACACGAGACCCCUGCUAAAUAGGCAAGCCGCUGUUUAGUUCAAAUGUUUAUUAUUACAGUCAAUGGCCAGCAUUAAGAAACCAGGGUAAGGAGUACAUAGAACAUAUUAUCCAUAUGUAUAUAAGAAGGGGGGAAAUGAAAUAAAACAAAGUAAUAAAAGUAGCAUAAAAUGAAUUAAAAUGGUCAUCAGCAUUAAAAAAAUUAACAACAGUUCCUGGCGUGUGUUGCUUUCUGCAACACAGUACUUUGCCACCCUAAGAGUGAUUGAUGCAUUUUGGUCUGAGAGAAGGAGGACCUAAAAAUGCAUCUGAUUGACCUGGCAGAUAAGAGGGGUUCAGUGAAGUUUCAGCAGAUCUCCAUAAACAGAGCAGUGUGGGAGGACAUGGGUUGCCAACUCAACCUCUCCAGAAGCACAUGGGCACUUGCAGUCUUGGUAGCUUGCCUCCAGCAUUGCUGAGGGAAUAGCAUUUAGGCAUGCCAGAAUGAAAGCUCCGCAAUGCUUUUUGACCUAGAGUAUAGAGAGUUGGCGUAUUGAGUGGCUGGAGUGCUCUGUCAGUCAGUGUGGUUGGAGGUUGAACCUAAAUUGCGCUGCCAUUCAACAUCUUACAGUAGGCCGUUUGAGAGCCACUCCAGCCUUUUCAUGUCCCAGAGGGAUGAGGGAGCCCAGGGAUAAUCCAUAUAGCUGGCAUUUGUGGGUUGGCUUAACCCAUACAGACUGAAAGCCAUCCUGAAGGGUGAGUGGGAUGGAAAGUGAGCUUCAGGCAAAGUUGAAAAUGGCAAGGCAAGCCCCGGCUUUGGCCUUCUGAAGGCUGACCUCGACACAAGGCAGCAUUUGGCAUGCAAUGGGGUAUUUGAAGAAUAUCCCUCAGAAAUUUAGAAUGAAUUGCUUCCAGACGUGUAAAACUAGAGUCGGGGCCAUCAUAUAAGAGCUGGGUUAGUGAUUUGGCCUGAAACAACCUCAUUACAUAAAUUAUUAACUCCUCUGGUAUGGUGUUUUUUUUUAAAAAAAAUGGCAGAAGUAUUCUUUUGGGCUGUCAGAUCAGCGAAUUCCGCUUGUGCCUUCCAGUCACCAUUGGCUUGAAAGACUUUCUGAAGGACUUUCUUUACCUGUUCUAUCUUAAGUCCAUUUAUGAGCCAGCUGCAAAGCAUCGGUCUUUCAGCAAAGAUCAUGACCUUUGUUUGCUGUUUAGUUUCAAAUGCAAAUUGUACUUUUGGGAAUUGAAACUCUUCAGCCAAAAACAAUUUAUAAAGUUCCAGUUGUAUGUGCAAGUAUCAGUCUUUGAAUCCUGGCCAGGCUGAAGGGGCGGUAGCAGGAAUGCUACAGACAGUCCCCUCCCUGACUUUCUAUUCUUCCUUUCUGCAAGAAUAUUUGGUAAAUUUCUUAGAAAAACUGUUCUUUGCUUUCCCAAAUGAAAGUCAGAGAUUGACUUCAUUCCUCAUCCCCCUUGCCCGCCCGCCCUCACCAGAUAUACUGUAUUACGUAGUCAUAGAACGAACUACAUUUUAUUUUUCUGGGGACAUGGAAAGCUUUUCGAUAAAUGCUGCUACUUUUGCUCAGACUUUAUGACUGUUGUCAAUGACGUUGUCACAGUAGGGAGGUUUGUCUCUCAUAACUGAGCAGCAUGUACCCUUAACCUCACUCCCUGGUGAUGUUUCUGCUGCACAGCCUUUAGUAAGCGUCUGACGCAUAGGUCAGUUUGCAUUACUACAGCCAUCAUAUCCCAUGGCAUCUGGCUGCUGCGUUUGGGCUGCAAGUUGCUUCAUAGAGGAAUACUUUAGUCAGGCACCAUGCAAGUCCGUCAGCUGUCUUAUUCUUGGAUCAACCUUUCCAAAUUGCUCUCGGCUAUGGAAACAUUUUUCCCCUAGUGCUGGGGAAGAAUUAAUUUACAAAAAGUCUGCUUACCUCAAUUGCCACGCUCUGGGAUUUCUGUUUAUCAACUUCUUUCUCUGUGUCACUCUUUUUACUUAUGCAAGAGUUUUCAUGGAAUAUCUUGGCUAUGUGAUUGUACAAAUGGACACAUUGUUUGUGGGUAUGUGUCACUUACUACAAGUGCACAUUUUUUAAAAAUAUUGUGUUUCUCAUGCAAGCAGUUUAGAAAUCCCACUUGCUUGGACAAAUUAAUUUGACCAGCUACUGUAGUUAUUUCAACCCACAUACUUCAACCCAGCAGUUCUUUCAUAUGGGAGGAGGCAUGCAUAUAUUGUCCCAUAUUCAGUUGGUAAGUUUCCCCAUUCACUUCAAAGACUGGGCAGCCACCAUGGGCACAGAGGGUUAAAUAUUCAGAGCUUUCCCCUGAGGAACACAGGAACCUGCCAUAUACCAAGUCAGACUAUAGGUCCAUCCUCUUCAGUAUUGUCUACACUGACGGGGCAAAGGCUCUCCAGGAUUUCAGACAGGAAAUUGCUAGCUCUACCUGGAGAUCCUCGGGGAUCUUCUGCAUGCAGAGCAUACCACUGAGGCACAGUCCUUACCCAUGCUUGUAAGAAAUUAAAGCAAGAGGAGGGAUCUGCAAGAAAAAGUUGUGGAAUGCUCUUGUCAAGCAUUCCAGCCAGCCAUGCCGUUUCCCUAGAAAAAUGAGGGCUGACUGUGUGUAGUUGCUUUUUGACUACAUGAUACUGAGGAUCGGCUGAAGAGUUUCCAUUUCCAAAGAGUCAAUUUGCAUUUUAAACUAAACAGUGACUUAUUGGUUCAUUAAUUUAAUUGGGCAGAAGGUAACUUCUUUCAGAACCUAACAUUCUAUGUUUAAAAGUUGCCAGAUGGGACAAUCUUCAUUUUGCCAUUGUUAUGUUUGCUUUGUUUUUCCUUCGCAGAGACUCUAGAUUGCUCUCCAUAGGAGCUGGUGCUGAUGAGGUCAUGCUUUCCAUUAUAUGCAAGUACAUGGACAUCUUACCAAAGAAGUAACUCCCAGGACUCCUGUUGAUCUCUGUUUACAUUUCAGGAAGCUGAAUUGGGUAGAUUCUGUGAGGAAAAAAUAUCCAAAAGAUCUGUUCUAAGAGUUACUUACCUUGAAUGUUCUUAACAUUCAUUUUGCUGGGAUUGUGCCUUAUAUGGUAAUAACAUACCUAAUCAUUGCCAGAAACACACGCAACCUUAUUUUACCUCAAAUAUUAUAUGGCAUGACCUAUACUCACUCUCUGGUUGGGCAGAGAUGGACUAUUUCUCUGGCUAUUCUUACAAAGCUAAAACAUUUUAAAUACGUCACAAAAGCCAGAGCUUUGAGCAGUAGCUUCUGGUGAAAGAUUGUUUUUUCUGGGCCUGCUUUUAAUUGCUGUAGAAGUGCAAUUGUUUCUUAUUUGCUUUUAAAUUCCAUAUAAUAGAAGAACCUCAUCAUGUGUCAAGAAAAACUUCAAAUACCAAUAGAGUUUCUUAAAUGUCUGUGUGAAUCCUCUCUGCUCCAAGGGAGGCGUCCGGCAAUUCCUCAAUUGGAAUAACAAAGUAUUGAUUGCACACCUUUGUGUGCACAGCACAUAUCUAGGCUGCUCCAGAGUAAUUGUUUAGGUUUAUUGUUAGCGUAGCUGUUUUCAGCAAGGAGACAAUUAAAAUGGGUAAUUCACAGAACAUGUUUCAAAGCAAACCCCCUAAAAUUCCAUCUGGUUGGCUAAAUUAGUGUAAUUUGUUAACACAUCUGACAAUCAAGAAGUGGUAAUUGACUUUGCAAUAAGUUGCAAACACUGGCUCGGUACUAAGCUGAAUAAAAAAUAUUUUUAAAUUUUGAAGAA